GCGACGAUUCCGUCAUCAUCACCGUGCGACGUGUUGCCGCACGUGAUCACUCGGUGACACGCAGAGCCCGGUCUCGCUGUGCGGCUUAUCGGAGGUCUGUCGGCUAUCCGCGGGGGGAGUGACUGACCGGCUGAGGGAGCCGCUUGCGCCUUUCACAGUCGGGCGGAUCCUGUGUACUUCCUGUGCCGAGCGCCUGCUGGCUGAAAAUGGCGGACGCCUUCGGAGACGAGCUGUUCAGUGUGUUCGAGGAAGAUGCGGCUCCAGCGGCCAAGAACAACCAACCGGGGCCGGCUGCCAAGGGCGGGUGAGUGAGGGCCCGGGGCUGUGUGAGUGAGGGCCCGGGGCCGGUGUGAGUGAGGGCCCGGGGGGGGGGCCGGUGUGAGUGCUCUGCCAUGCAGUCUGUAAUCACAGCAUUGUAUGAUAGAGAUAUAUACACACAGGGAGAGAACAAUGUACAGUCAAAGCGAGUUUUAACAUUAAGGUCAAAAUAGCCAAACCAGGAACAUUCCUCUGUCAGCCGUGUUUUCAGUUCGGCCACUCUGUUUUGAAAUUCACUAUGAAUCCUAAAUUCAGUAAAUAACCCUCAUAGUGCCAUGGGUGUUGCUAAUUGCUACAGCUGUAAUUAAUUGGGUGAACAGAGACCGGGAUAGCUAGUAUAAAUGGCAAGUUUUGGAGAAAGUAGAAUUCAGGCUGAAAGUGGCCUGUGUUUGGGUUUUUAUUUUUUAAGUUUUCCACUUACAUGAGGUCUGCAGGUGCCUUCAGAGUGAAGUUAAUUCGUCAUAGAUUGUACUAAAGUAUAGAGCCACAGGUUUCGCAGUACAGGGUAAAGAAUCCUAUCUAUUUUAUGAUCCAAAGAUCAAAUCAAAGAUGUUUCGACUGUGAGGCCUUAAUUUUGUAUGAUUACAUGACUUAAGGCCUCACAGCCAAAACGUUUUAUUUUUGUUUUGUCCUUUGGAUCAUAAUAAACUAUAUUUGAUUCUUCACCCUGCACUCUGAAGCCUGUGGUUCUAUACUUUUGGAUAUACAUUGGGAGCUAAUGGACCUCCUCCACAGAGCUCCAGUGUAUCACUAUUCUUGGGUGCAGCACUCUACUACCUUGAUGGAUCCUAAUAGAUUGUAGGCUUGUUUGUGCAGGGCCUUCUUUAUCUGUUGUAUGUGAAAUACUUGUCCAUUAUCCCCAUUCUAUAAUUGUAAAGUGCUGGGGAAUUUGUUGGUGGUAUAUAAGUAAUUCCAUCCAGAGGCAGGUUGUAUUGAUAACAAUAAUGUGUAAGUAGGAACUUUUGUCUUGGCGGCUAUUAUAAAAACCCUGAGACUUAGAUUCUCUGCAGAUAGUGCUAGAGAAUAUGACAGAUGUAGACAGGGUAAAUACUAAAGUGAGAAUUCAAAAUAACCAAACUGGAAAAAUCAGCUAUGCAUUCAGUUCAGCUUCUUUGGCAUUAAAUUUGAAAUUCACUAUGAAUCUCAGUUCAGUGAAAAACCCUGAUAGCACACUUACACCCUGAUUUCCCUAUUCACUUGAUCUAAUGUGUUCUUGUGCUUCAGCUCUGGUUAUUGUCCUUGCCAUAUGUGCCUGAGCUGUGAUAUCUUGUAUUGCAGGACAAUAACCAGUAAACUAGUAGUUUAAUUAUGCUAUAAAGCAGGGUGUAAAAUAACCUUUUUAGAGGGAUGGGGGGGGGGGGCGCGGGCGCGGGCGCUGUCACCUAAAAAGCUAUACAUGUUUGUAUUCUUGACACUAUAGUGUUCCUUUAAGUUAAAGUUGUUUUGAUGCCUAUAUUGUCCCUUAAACCUGUUUUCCUGGCACCAGAGAAUCCUGGAGUUCCUCCCUCCUAUCACAUGUCGCUGAAGGAUUUAAAACCCCUUCAGCUACUUACCUGAAUGCAGCGCAGAUGUCACUUGGUGCCGGGUCAGGCUCCGCUGACGUUGGCGAGAGAGACCUAAUGCGCAUGCUUGGCAAUGGCCGCACUCGCGCAUUAGACCUCCCCAUAGAAAAGCAUUAUUCAAUGCUUUCCAAUGGGGAAAAUGUGACGCUGGAGGUCGGUUUGAAUGCCGAAAGCCCUCUAGUGGCUGUCUGUUAGAAAGCCACAGAGGGCAGACUUAGAACUGUAAUGUAAACAUAGAAUGUCCUAGCCGCUUUUGCCGCCCAAAUGAGUGUCAUCAUUCUCCCCUUGCACGGUCGGAGGACCUGCCUUGCAAUCCACUUUUAAAAGGAGCACUAUAGUGUCAGGAAAACAAACUCGUUUUCCUGAAACUAUAUAAUCCUUAGGUGCCCCCCUCCCACUGGGCUGAAGGGGUUAAAACCCUUUCAUCCACUUACCUUUAUCCAGCGCCGGGCUCCCUCGGAGCUGGUGACUUCUGCUCCCUAGUGGAGCCACACGCGCAUUCAAAACGCCCAUAGGAAAGCGUUUCUCAAUUCUUUCCUAUGGACGUUCUGUGUGCUCAAUGCGAUUUUCGCAUUGAGCGUUGGGGAAGCACCUCUAGCGGCUGUUGGGAAGACAGCCACUAGAGGCUGGAUUAACCCUGCAAUGUAAACUGCUAUGUUUACAUCUGAAGGGUUAAAACCUGAGUGACCUGGCAAUUCUCAAUGCUUUCCUAUGGACGCUGGCGUCUUCUCACUGUGAAAAUCAGUGAGAAGCUUGGAAGCGCCUCUAGCGGCUGUCAAUGAGAGCCACUAGAGACUGGAUUAACCCUAUUAUAAACAUAGCAGUUUCUCUGAAACUGCUGUUUAUAGAAGAAAGGGUUAAUCCUAGCUAGAUCUGGCACCCAGACUACUUCAUUAAGCUGAAGUGGUCUGGGUGACUAUAGUGGUCCUUUAAUGUACUUUUGUACUAACUUUUUUAGUACACUAUGUUAAGCCAUAGUGGUUCUGGUGUCCCUUAAGAAGUGCAUUUUUCUUGUUUAAAACUAAACUUUUAAACUGGCUCCUAACUUUUUUAGCUGACUUCUAGAUUCCAAACAAAUUUGUCAAGCCCUGAUCGAAUAUAUUUGGCCCUGUGAGUUACCGAAACAAAUCUGAAAUAAUGGUACGUGGGGUGUACUAUUAUAUUUGUGAAACAUUGUGUAAUCAAAUUAUCUAGGCACUAUUGCACAAAUUCAUAUCAGGAAUCUGAAAUGUCCUGUGAAAACGGAGUUCAAUUGUGUGAAAAAAUACAAAUAAAACUUUAACUUCUAUAUGGACCCUUCAUUUCUGUUAAAGUGGUUUGACCAAAUAUCUCAAAACGCGUUAUUUAAAAUACUCUGGGUUGCCUACUUUUGAAAAUGGUAUACCAUAAUGGUGGAAAUGGUUUUAACCAGGCUGCCAUACAGUUUUUUUAUGAAAAAAAUGCAUAAGAAAAAUAUGAACACUAACUUUGGCUAGGGUUUGUGUCUCAGUGGCUACUACAAAAGACUGGACAUACCCCAUUUUGAAUACCUUGGGAUGUCUACAUUUUCAAAUGGUGUGCCAUUAUGAGGAUUUUCAUUUCUAGGCUACCAUACAGUCUGAGGUAACAUAACCAUUCUGGCAAAUUUCAAUAUGUAAAAAGUAAAAUGGACCAGCUCUAUAUUUGAUCCUGUAACUUUCCAAAACCCCCAUAAAAUCAAUAAAUGGGGUACUGUUUUACAUGUGAGACAUUACCGAACACAAAUGUUUAUUUUAUUGCCAUAAAAGCAAACAGUAUCAUUAACACUUAGAAAUGCUGUGCCGAACUAUGAAAAUCAAAACAUAUCUUAAUUUCUCACUCUUUUCAAGUUUUUAUUCCUAUUAAAUUGUUUCAUAUCUAUCUCCUCCCUCCAUUCUUUUUUACUCUCCUCCCUCCAUUCUUUUUUACUCUCCUCCCUCCAUUCUUUUUUACUCUCCUCCCUCCAUUCUUUUUUACUCUCCUCCCUCCAUUCUUUUUUACUCUCCUCCCUCCAUUCUUUUUUACUCUCCUCCCUCCAUUCUUUUUUACUCUCCUCCCUCCAUUCUUUUUACUCCCCUCCCUCCAUUCUUUUUACUCCCCCCUCCAUUCUUUUUACUCCCAAUGCUCCCUACGUUCUUCCCACCUCCCCUUCCCUGUGUAGAGUGGGUGGCCGAGCUCCUCUUCAUCCUGUCAGUCCGGCCGGGAACAGGUAACUGAAUCUCCUGUACCGCGCGGUACCCGGCCGGACUGACAGGAUGAAGAGGAGCUCGGCCACCCACGCUACACAGGGAAGGGGAGGUGAGAAGAGAGGCAGUGCGGCAGCCGUCUGAGCGCUCUCUAUAGAGCGCUCAGGCGGCUGCAGCAUUAGAAGGGCUGGCGAUGGGGGCGCAGGGCGCCCCCUCCUAUAUGACGCCCUAGGCAGCCAUAUAGACGACCCCCAACUUUUGAGAAGAUUUUCCAGGGUUAAAAAGUCGUCUUAUACGCCUGAAAAUACGGUGUGUGUGUGUGUGUAUAUAAUAUAUAUUGAAAUUAAAUGAUUGUAUUUUUUUUUUUUUUCAGGAAGCGAAAUGCAAAGCCACAAGUUGUGCUCUCGGGUCCUGUGGCAAAGGGAAAGCGAGAUGCAAGCAAUAUUGAUGGUCCUGAAGACAAUCUUUUGGGAAAGAAGCUCAAAGUUGAAUCCUCUGACGAAUUAAAGUAAGUCUUAUUGAAAAAUCACUCUAUCCUGGUUUGAAAGUAGCCUUGUUUAUGUUAUGAAGCCUAGCUUUCCUACUCUUGGAGCUUAAAGGGUCACUACAGCCUAUCAGUAGAUCAUGGUGCAUUCCCCAGCUAAGGAGUCAAAUCACUUAUUACUCCUUCACUCAUUCAUUCACUCCUUUAGGUUCUGACUAGGUUUUUGCUUUAGGUUAGAAACCUUUUUACUCAACAGUGUGAUAUUGCUAAUAAAAUUAAUUACACUCACAUUGUGUAACGUUUUUAAGCGCUCCAAGGUGCCUCCCUAGUCACCACUUCUGACCAGGCACCAGACUGGUCCUCCAAUGAAUAAAAUCAUCUGUCCGCUGAUCUUGUAAAGAGUGAUCUCCUUUUCGCAGCCGUUAUCGAUUUUCCAUGAGUCCUUAUCGGAAGUGUGUUCCUUCCUUUUACGGCCAGUCCAACAUGACCGUGCGUGCCAUGGUGUAUAUCAGAACGAGUAAGCAAACUGAGGCGAUAACCUUUUGGUGUUCGCCCAGGAGAAUAUAUUAAAAUCUGUCUAAAUUAAAUGGGAAUAUUAUUGGCCACAAAGAAGCCCUCAAAGUGGCUAUAUAUUAAACAAUCAUAUUAAAGUUCUAAAGUUAAACAAUCUUAAAGGGACAUUAUGGUCACCAGAACAACAGCUUAUUGUAUUUGUUCUGUUACAGGGAAACAUACAAAAUAUAUAUAGUAUCCACAAUAUCCACAGGAACCUCACAAGUGUUAUAUCCCUGGAUCCGAGUGCCCAAGUUGACCAAAUAGUGCUCAGAUGCGUUUGGAAGAAGAGAAUCGCCACCGGGGUAAAGCCACAAGGUCAAAGCCCAAAACAGUUCCAUAGAAAGUAGGGAAAUGGCUGGUUAGUAUACAAACACUGUCAAAGGUAUUCCCUUGCUUCCAGGGAGCGAAUGCUCCUGGUUGAUAGUCUUUCUCCCGAAGAGCGCUCUCCUAGCUGGUCGGGGCACGGAGAAGGUAGCUGUAGAGUUUCCCUGAUGUCCGUGAGGUCGUCUAUCCGAAAAGACCGCCAUUCCUUCGACCACGUGUGUUCGGUUAUGCGAAAUGACGGCCACCCAGGGGAAGCACUAAUUGUUUCCUUUGUGGUUUAACGCCUAUGGGGUGGUUGGUGUUCCAUUGUUCUAACAAGUUACAAGUGGGUCCCCGUUCAGGAGCGGAACCGGGUGGGUUUGGGUAAGAGAAUUCCUGAACGUAGUAGAAUUCAAAUAGUCCCAAUAAACUGUAUGUUCCGCCACAACGGUAUUUUCAGAGAAAAGGCAGUGUUUACAUUACAGUCUAAAGAUACCUCCACUGGCCACUCCUCAUAUGGCUACUAUAGGUGCUUCCUGAGACAGAAACUGCACUGACAUUCAGUCUCUCUACCCUCUGCAUGGAGACACUGAACUUUCCUUAUAGAGAUGCAUUGAUUCAAUGCAUCUCUCUGAGGACAUUCUGAUUGGCCUGGUCUGUGUUUGGCUUGUGCUGGCUCUGCUCCUGAUCUGUUCAAAAUAUUUAAAGUAGUAAAAGUGUAUAGACCCCGUUGUAAAAUAGGGAAUAAGACACACACAAACACACAUUGUUUUUCCUGAAAUACUACUGAGCCGUAUUGAAUCUAUUAUGUGGGCAUUGUGCUGUGUAUGGCUGUUUGAAAACUAUGUUGAUUAUUAUUUUGGAUUUUGUUUUUGGUGUGCAUAACAGGAUAUAAAUUGAAUGCUGUUCCUUUUUCAUCAUUUGAAUGAUCGGGGUUUAUGGCAGCUCCCAACACAAUCCCUACAAUUAAUGAUUUUAGAUUGGAAUCAGUCCUUGCCUUCUGUAGAGGCACCUUAAGUUGUGUGUUUUUGCCAUGGUGAAAAAAUGGCCAAAAUAUGCACUUUAUGCUCUAAAAUAAGACCAAAUUGCCUUGGAUAAAAUAUAUUUAUUUACUGUCUUCAAUAUUCGUUAAGCAUAGGCUGAAAGUUGGUUGUUCCUGGGGUUUUUCAAUGUGAAAUCACUUUUGUUCUGUUUUAUUGCAGCCUUGCAGACUUAAUGCCAAGAAUAAAAGUGCAAGCAGUGGAUACAAUAGACGGCUGUACACAUGAGGUGAGCUAAUUUACCUAUAUUCUGGGUAACCUACUUUCAAGUUUCCAGCUGUUCACCACAGGUAUAAGUUGUUUGGUUAGCCAAGUAGGUACAAGUUAGUUUGCAGAACUGAAAUGUGAUGCUAAAACCACGUUAAAGGGUUACUCCGGCCCCUUAAAGUGACACUAUAGUCACCAGAAUAACUACAGCUUAUUGUAUUUGUUCUGGUGAGUAGAAUUAUUACUUCAGGCUUUUUGCAGUAAACGUAGUAUUUUCAGAGAAAAUCCAGUGUUCAAAUUACAGCCUAGUGAUAACUCCACUGGCCACACCUCAGGUGGCUGCUAGAGGUGCUUCCUGGGGCAGUGCUGCCAUUCAGUGUUUCCACCCUCUGCAUGAAGACACUGAACGUUCCUCAUAGAGAUGCAUUGAUUCAAUGCGACUUUAUGAGGAGAUGCUGAUUGGACAGGACAGUUUUUGACUUGUGCUGGCUCUGCCCCUGAUCUGUUUCCUUGACAAUCUCAGCCAAUCCUACGUGAAAGAAUUGUGAUUGGCUCAGAUUCCCACUUCUGAUGUCCGCCAUGCUGGCAAAUCGGGGCAGAGGCAGCAGCUGGAGACUUAAAUGCAAGCUUUUACUAUUUUUAGGGGAGGGGAGAUGGUGGUUUUAACUCUAUUGGGUAAAGAAUAUGUUUGUUACCCUAUAGUGUUCCUUUAACAAAUUAAUCUUGAUUACUAGUAUGUAUAAUUGAUUUGAGUGGGCAGGCAGUUUGUUUUAAAUCAAAGGGGAAAAAAGUUACUUGCGCUCUUCCCAAAUCCCUGUGCAUAAUUAAACAAAUGAGAGUUAUUUAGUUACUCUAAUGGCCAUGAGAGGGAUACCCACAUGCCACAUAAAGGCAAACCUCUUAGAUGGGUCCUACACUGACUAUUCACCUUGAUUCCUUGAGCUUCUAUCUCUGAAACAGAGAGUGGUAUUUUUUAUAAACCCCUACUUGCUUAUUAACCCUUAAAAUGGAACACUUGGGGUGGGUGGCAGCAUUGUGACGUAGCUGUGUGAUACAAAAGUGAAUACAAAUAGACAAAAACAAGUCCUGCGCUCAAACUCCCACUACUCUUGGGCGGCAGCAGUGACCAUAGUACACAUUUAAAACACACUCAUACACAUCAACCCCAAAACAUACAGUAAAAACCAAAGGGAAAAAAAAAGUUACCUGCUCACUUCCUAAAUCCCUAUGCAUAUUUAACCCCUUAAGGACGGAGCCAAAUGUACACGUUGUGAACAAAACAAAAUGUAAACAAAACCUGGCAUUUGCGCUACAUGUCUGUCCAACCGUAAUACACCUCUUUCAUAGUAAAUGCACCCACCCUUAUUAUAUAUCAUUUUAUUCAGGGGAAAUGGGGCUUUCAUUUAAUAUCAAAUAUUUAGCUAUGAAACAUAAUUUAAUAUAAAAUAAAAUGCGAGAAAAUACGAUUUUUUUAUUUUUUUAUUUUAGUUCUACGUGACAUUUUAACGGUCAAUGUCAUAAUACUGUUUGCUUUUACUGCAAUAAAAUACACAUAUUUGUAUUCGGUAAAGUCUCACGUGUAAGACAGUACCCCCUAUGUACAGGUUUUAUGGCGUUUUGGGAAGUUACAGGGUCAAAUAUAAAGCACGUUACAUUUGGAAUUGAAAUUCGCCAGAUUGGUUACGUUGCCUUUGGACUUAUAGUAGCCAGGAAUGAAAUUUACACCCAUAAUAUACCAUUUGCAAUAGUAGACAACCCAAGGUAUUGCAAUAUGUCCAGUCUUUUUUAGUAACCAUUUGGUCACAAACACUGGCCAAAGUUAGCGUCAGAUUUGUUUGUGUGUGAAAAAUGCAAAAAACGCCAAUUUUGGACAGUGUUUGUGACUAAGUGGCUACUAAAAAAGACUGGACAUACCCUGUUUGCAAUACCUUGGGUUGUCUACUAUUGCAAAUGGUAUGCCAUCAUAGGGGUAAUUUUCAUUCUUGGGCUACCAUAGGGUCUCAAAGGCAACGUAACCAAUCUGGAGAAUUUUAAUGUGAAAAAAAUGAAACGCAAGCCUUAUAUUUGACGCUGUAACUUUUGAAAACACCAUAAAACCUGUACAUGAGGGGUACUAUAUAUAUAUCAAAAUACACGUAGAACGAAAUCUCUCUCUCUCUCUCUCUCUAUAUCUAUAUCUAUAUCUAUAUAUAUAUAUAUAAUAUACACACACAUAUAUUAAUUCUGCAUAUAUAUUUAUGUAAUAUUUUUACAUAAUUAGGUAUCUUAAUUAAUUACAAUUAGCGGGACCGGCCUGACAACCCAUGCCGAAAGUAAAGGGAAUUUAAUUUGCUUGCACUAUAUUUAACCCUAUAACUUUCCAAGACACCAUAAAACCUGUACAUGGGGGGUACUGUUCUACUCGGGAGCUGAACACAAACAUUUAUGUUUCAAAACAGUAAAAAGUAUCGCAGCAAUAAUAUCGUCCGUGUAAGUGCUGUUUGUGCGUGAAAAAUUCAAAAAACUUCACUUUUACUGGCGAUAUCAUCGUUGUAAUACAUUUAAAUAUUUUUAUUUAUGUAUAUAGAUAUAUAUUUCGUUCUACGUGUAUUUUGAGAUAUAUAUAUUAAUUUCACAAUACAGUUAGAACGAAAUAACACACAUCUAUAUAUUUUUUAAUUAUUUUUAAUUUUAUUUUAACGUGUUUACAUUUUUAUUUUUUUAUUAUAUAUAUAUAUAUAUAUAAUCAGUAUCAGUCUAUGUGUAAUUUGAUAUUAAUAUAUAAUUAUAUAUUAAUAGUAAAAUAUACCUACACAGUGUACGUGUGUGUGUGUGUGUGUGUGUGUGUAUAUAUAUAUGUAUGUGUAUGUGUAUAUAUAUAUAUAUAUAUAUAUAUAUAUCAGCACUCCCAGGGUUUGUAAAUAACCAAAAAAAUACUUUACUCCGUAAGUCAACGUUUCAGCUCCUCUUGGGAGCUUUCAUCAGGACAGCAUAUGAAACUUACAUAGCUUAAAUAAGAACAUAAAUCCAAUUAGAACUCACAUUUCAGGUGUGUUAAUAGAUGAUCUCCCCUCCUCUCGAGCGUCCGCUCGAAUAAUGCCGGUGACCGGCAUCUUCCCACUUGUGCUCACGCUACCACGUGAUGUGAGUGACAUCAUCACGUUUGUUAUGUUUCUAUGGAGAUCGAGAUGCCAUCUGCGUCUAACGAUCAUCCCCUCAGUUACUUCCUGGCUAGCUGCGUUCCCCGUAGUCAUGGUAACGCCAGGCACAUGCGCAUUAAUCUCAGGUUCCCCGAUCUCUGAAUCUAUCCUCCACUGGGGAGGAGGUUAUGGCUGCAACCUUUAUUUACACGGAGAUCUAUAAAAAGUGAACACAUACAUAUAGAUCAAUCUCCUUUAUCCUUCGAUGUUGCAUAGAUAGUUAAGUAUUAAAAAACACAUAAUAAGUCCAAGGAUUGCUUAUUCAAUACAUACCAACAAAAUAUACUGGUGCAAUAACUAUAUCAUAUGGGAUCCUAAUAUAAAUCCCAUAUCUUACACUAGGAGCAAUGUUCUUAAGUGACCUACUCAUAAGAUUCUGUACUAUAAAGUAUAAAAAUAACGUACAUAAAAAUGCCAUAAAUAUAAUGUGACAAAUCUGGAAAGAGAAGGAAAAAAAAAUAUUUUUUUUCACACUAUUUAUUUUAUUUAAUUUUAUUUUCAGCAAGCAGGGGGACCACCUGUCAUUACAGGCAGUCCCCCUGCUGGCAAUGCUGCAGCCAGCUACCCCCGGCCAUGUGAUUGUGGGGUCCUCGCAAGGACCCCACUCUCACAUGGCCGGGGGGCUUCCAGGGGGUCGGACUUGCCGCGGGGGGUUCCCUGGGAGUCCCCCAAACCGCGAUCGCCGGAGGGCGUACUAUUAAGCCUGGCGGCGUUUAGAGCCGCUUAGAAUAGGGCGUAAUAGUACGCCCUCCGGUCUUACGGUGUUAAACAAAUGGAGGUUAUUUAGUUACUCCAAUGGAGUAACUAUGGUCAUUGCUGCUGCCCAAGAGUAGUGGCAGUUUGAGCUCAGGACUUGUUUUUGUGUAUUUGUAUUCAUAUUUGUAUCACACAGCUAUGUUGCAAUGCUGCUGCCCAUCCCAUGUGUUCCUUAUUAAUGGUUAAUAAGCAUGUAGGGGUUUAUGAAAUACCCCUUUCUUUCUCAGAGAUAUCUUUGCCAGAAGCUCAAGGAAGCAAGGUGAAUAGUCAGUGUAGUAAAGAGCUUUGUCUUGACGUGGCAGGUGGGCAUUCCCUCUCAUGGCCAUUGGAGUAACUAAAUAACCUCAAUUUGUUUAAAUAUGCACAGGGAUUUGUGAAGAGCGCAGGUAACUUUUUUCCCUUUGGUUUUUACAGUAUGUAUUGGGGCUGAUGUGUAUGAGUGUAACACUGAACUGGUGAUAUGAAAGGAACAUGCUAAUUUGAGGAAUACAAACUUGUAUUUUUAAAGCUAGUGAUAUAGAGGCAAUUUAGUUAUCCCACCCCUGCAAAAGAAAAGUUAGUGACACUAUAGUCACUAAGACAACUUUAGCUUAGUGAAGCAGUUUUGGUGUAUAGAUCAUGCCCCUGCAGUCUCACUGCUGUAUUAUCUGCUAUUUAAACGGUAAAUCACUUUUGUUUCUGUUUAUGCAGCCCUAGCCAUGCCUCACCUGGUUGUGACUCACACUUCCUGCAUGAAGAAAAGCUUUCUUUUUCAGUCAGAUAUUAACUUGCUUUAGAAGUGUUUUGUAAAUUGAACUAUAAUCGCACAAUAAAACUGUGUAUACAAAGAGCUUCCAAUUCUAUUAAACUCUUAAUUUGGUUAAACCGUUUCUUUUGACACAAAAAUAUAGAAAAUUAGUUCAGUAAUAACACCUAUAAAGUGUCAAUCGUGCAGACAUUAUUUAUAAUGUAUCAAAAGUGCUUAUUCUGAUAUGGGGGGGGGGGGGAAUUCAACUUGGUGUAGUGCAGAUAUUGUUGGACAUUUAAAGUGCAACAUUCAUUCCAAUUUCCACUUGGUGUCACUUGGGUAUUCAAUCUACGUGCUUGUAAACAUGUACUAACCAUAUUAUAUUUAGUGCAUUUUUCACAACACUUAAUCAGCAAUACUUUAACCACAACUAAAGGGCCCAGCCAAAGGAGAAGAGUUUUUUCUGGUUUUUUUUGACGUGCAUAUCAUCAGUACAUAUACGCUUGUCAUGCCCCAAAAGCAAUUGACGAGCCAGAAGUCAUACCAUGCAUAGCAACACAUUGAGGACAUAUAGAUAGAACGUGCACAUUUUUUAAAGUAAAUAAAACCUGAGUGAACAUUUGCUAAGUUGAAGUUAAGUAGGUGCUAGCUAGCGAGACACUAUUUUAAUCUUUGUAUGGCAUUAGCUAGAAACACGUGUUUUAGUAGAUUUGAAAACAUCUUGUUAGCUAGACUCGAUUUAAUAGGCUAGCAUAAUAAGGUUAGCUAACAAGUUAUAUAAUUGAUUUUUAUUGCUUGCCUGGGUAGUGAUACUUGGGUAGAUACUCUACAGAGGAAUAGAGUGUGUAAAAUAGAAGGUACAAGCCAGGUUGGUUGAACGUAUAAAAGAACAUAGUAAACCAUGGAUUAAAGUUCAUAACAGUUUGCAUAACCAGAUAAGGUGGCUGAUACUGGUAUAUAGCGGGUCUGGUAACGUAGGCACAGAAGGGCAUGUUAAGUCCACAUUUAGCCGACUCCCGACACCGGGAAGCGCUGGUGAUCUGUUGUGCAGUCUCUCUGGGCGCCUGUGGGGUCCGUGGAGGUAGAGUGGUCCCAGGGGGUCCAAUGUUUGAUCAUAGUUGGCACCUUCCUUUGUUUUGGUCUGCUUGUCGUUGCGUCUGUUUGCUUGGGCACCACCUUGUAGGCCUCCCCUCCGUCGGCGCUGGUCGCCUCAGACGGCGGCUUGUAGGUGUGAGUGGCAUGUUCCCACUGCCUUGUCACUUCCGGCGAGCCGGUUCCUUGGUGGCUCCCGGUCCAAGGAAGCGGCCACCGUUAAUGGCGGGUGUUGUACCCCAAUGAGUGCCUUUGCGUGCUCCGCAGCCAUUUUUGGGCUGAUUGCCUCUUGUCUUUUACUGGGGGUCCUGUUGGUGAUCUGCUGCUUUUGCUGCCGGUUUCACCCAGAAGGCCUCAAAGAGAGCGUCAAGCUUUGUCUCUAGGUCCCCCUGAGGUGCCAGUCUGCUUUGAGUGUUUAGUCUCUGUGCUUGACUAUAUCAGGUGGGUGAGUCUGCCAUUUUGUGCACCUGGUUAUGUACUGUGGUUCCGAUGCGCUAUCCACUCUGUAGGUAGUGAAGUACGGACCGGGAUGUCCUGUUGGGUGAGGGGAUCUGGGGGGGGAGGCUGCCCCUGCCGCCCGUAAAACCCUCGCUAGGCUGCAACCGCUCUACAAUGCUUGUGGCAGCCAGCAUCCUGGUUUUUCGGACCGGAACGCUCCAGCCUCCUUCCGCGAUGUGUAAGUCCCUGCUUGGGUCCAUUAGUGUGCAGCAGGAGUCUUGUUUCGUGGCUUGGGUGUAGAGUGUGUUGGGGAGCAUCUGCGAGUUGUGACUGUCCGCCAUGCUGGCCAGGCCCCGUCCCCCAGGAGAUUAGUUUUAUAUAGCAAAAUACAGAUGCAUUCAUAAUUACAGUUGUAUACACACCCAUGGAUCUCUAAACUGUGUUGGCAUGCCUGUUGCUAGGAAUAAUUACCCUAUUACUACUUUUUUUGUGUGUGUUUUAUGGGUUAUGUCUUUUUAAUGCAAGGUACAUACGUCUAUCAAUGGACUAGCUUGUGAAUACAUGAUUUAAAUGUUUCAGAAAGUUGUAGUUUCUGUUUGCUAAAAUUCAUGAUGAAUUCUGUCUUAAAUCUGCUUUGACUCUUCACACAUUUUUUUUUGCUUGUAACAGUUAAACCCGAUCUUCUACCCCAUUUUCUUAACUCUAGGUUGCACUUCCUGCAGAUGAUGAAUAUAUGCCCCUGAAACCACGAAUUGGGAAAGCUGCAAAGGUGGGUUCUAUAUAGUAUUAAACCAUAUUGCCUUACAACUUUUAACAUCUAAAAAAAAAAAGUGUUCCCCAUUUCCAUUAUUAAAUUCACAAAUCUGUUAUAUCAUGGUUCAAUACAUGUCGGCCAGUUUGUGAUCAUUUCCACCCCUUCUAUUUUUCCUACUAUUAUUUUUUACAUGUGCUGCAUUGUGAUCAAACUUAGUUUUUUGCAGGCACUUUGCUGUAAGUGUGUGUUGGUCUGCUGCAGAAGCUAUGCUGUGAGUGCACAUACAGCAUUUUUCCCCAAUACAUUGCCCUGCUCAGAGCCUUUUACAGUGUAUCUCUAUGAGGGGCAUUGGAUAAAUCCAUAAGGGAUAGCCGAACACUAGAUCGGCUGUAGUGGUCAUAUUAUUUAUAAAACUUUUGUGUGUCACGGCAUAAUGUGCGUUUAAACCGGAUUCUAAUGAACUAGUUAAAUAUCUUUUUUCUUCUUUCUUUACAGGAGUAUCCAUUCAUUUUAGAUGCUUUCCAGAGAGAAGCCAUUCUCUGUAUAGAUAAUAACCAGUCUGUUCUGGUGUCGGCUCAUACUUCUGCUGGAAAAACAGUCUGCGCUGAGUAAGUAACACUAGACAUUUUUUUCCCAUGGAUAUUUUACGAUCCUGAGUGCUACUGAUAAAUGUAAUGAUACAUUUGCUCUCUCUCUUUGACUGGCACUUUUGAAACUAUGGAGAAAUGGUCGUUCUCCAGGGUUAAGACCCAUUUUAGGUUUUGACUUGCGUGACUUCGCCACUUUUGCCUGGAGAGGGCUAAUUACCAGCCUCUUGCCCUGCGACUAUGGCCCAUGGAAGAUUUUGCCCUUUAAAUACGUUAUUUAGUGGAUAUACAUAGUGGAUUUUAUUAGACUGGUUCUGGCCCUUUAAAUGCUCUGACAAAGGAUCUGUAGUUUUGCUAUGCACUUCGGAUGCAGAGUUUGAAGAAAACCCCUGUUUUAUGGACUUAGUUUGACUGUUUUAUUUCCCCCUCCCUUCUUAGAACACCAGUUAAACCCUUAAUAACUGUCGUAUUUUCAAACACUGUCUGUCUUUAAAGGACCACUCUAGGCACCCAGACCACUUCAGCUUAAUGAAGUGGUCUGGGUGCCUGGUCCCUCUAGGAUUUUUUUUUUUAUAUAAACAUAGCAGUUUCAGAGAAACUGCUAUGUUUAUAAAUGGGUUAAUCCAGCCUCUAAAGCCUCUAGUGGCUGUCUCAUUGACAGUUGCUAGAGGCGUUUGCGUGCUUCUCACUGUGAAAAUCACAGUGAGAACACGCAAGCGUCCAUAGGAAAGCAUUAUGAAUGCUUUCCUGUGAGACUGGCUGGCUGCGCGCGCAGCUCCUGCCGCGCAUGCGCAUUCAGCCGAAGAGGAGAGGAGGAGAGCUCCCCACUCGGCGCUGGAAAAAAGGUAAGUUUAACCCCUUUCCUUGCCAUCCAGCCCAGCGGGAGGGGGACCCUGAGGGUGGGGGCACCCUCUGGGCAUUAUAGUGCCAGGAAAAUUAGUAUGUUUUCCUGGCACUAUAGUGGUCCUUUAACUGUCAUUUUGUUUUCCUCUGAGAAGGAGUUGUUUUGCUGCAUGAGUGCUGUUGCUUUUGUUUGCUCAUUAAACAGACCUGCUUGACCCUUUCUUGAGGCCAUGGCUCAUGCUUGGGGUAUGGGAUAAGUCUGCAGUGCUGAUGGUGUCAGUUGGAGUCCUCGGCAAGCACUAGGAGCAUCGAUUGGCGGAGGUACUUGGUCGGAGUGCCAGCGGGUCCGUCACAACUUGUGCCUCCAGAUUCUCUUUAUCUAUUGCUCCAGUAACUGGUUGGGUCAGCCUAUCUCAUGAUUUGUGCCAUGUGCUUUUCAACCAUCUGUGAAUCAUCACUGAACCGCUAAAGAGAUGGGGCUAUCAAAGACUGUUACGGGGUAACACGUUAAUUGUUGGAGAUUUUAGUUACCCAGACAUAAAUUGGGAUAGAGGGACUAGUACUUCAGCAAGGGGUAUCAGGUUUUUGAACUUGUUAAAUUAACACCUUCAUGUCACAACUGGUACAAGCACCAACUAGAAAGGAUGCUUGUCUGGAUCUCGUUAUAACAAACAAGGUUGAUCUUUUGACCAACAUUCAAGUAGGGGAACAUUUGGGAAAUGGUGAUCACAAUAUGGUAAUUUUUAAAAUAAACUCAAAAAAGCAAAAGCACGUGGGGUAUACGAAAACGUAUAAUUAUUAAAAAGCCAAUUUCAAAAAGGUUAGGGCAGCUCUAUAACAUAUCGACUGGCAUAAACGCCUUAGUGAAAAAAACACGGAGGAUAAAUGAAAACUAUUCAAACAACUAUUAGAAAGGUACAUUUCUCAAUAUGUACCAUUGGGUAUUAAAUACAGAAACAAAUUGAAACCAAUGUGGCUUAGUAGAGCAGUAAAACAAGAGAUUAAAAAUAAAAAAGGGCAUUUAAAGUAUUUAAAUCAGACAAAUCAGAGGCAUCCUAUAUAAGCUAUAAGCAAGCCAAUAAUGCGGGCAAAAUGGCAAUUAAUAAAGUAGCUAAACUAGAAAAUGAGAAAUUGAUGGCCAAAGAAUGCAAAACCAACCCCAAAAAUUUUUUCAAGUACAUCAAUUCUUAAAAAAAACUAAUAAUGAAAGUGUAGGUACACUGAAAACGGAGAUGGGGCUGUUAGUUAAGGAAGACCAGGAAAAGGCAGUAAUUUUAAAUAACAAGUUUUCCUCACUAUAGAUUGAGGAUCCUAUGGCAAGAGAUAUGCAAAUGAUUGCUGCAAAAAGCUUGCAGAUAACUUGUGAUUGGAUGACUCGAGACAAGGUGCUACAGCAGUUAAAGAAAAUGAAUGUAAAUAAAGCUCCGGGGCCUGAUGGUAUUCACCCACGAGUACUUAAAGGACCACUAUAGUGCCAGGAAGAGAAACUCCUGAAGGGGGAGGAAGGGGGUUAAACACUCACCUUUCUCCAGCACCGGGCUCCUUCGGCGCUGUGGACUCGUCUUCUCCUUUGGUAGCCAUCGGCUGAAUGCGCAUGCGCGGCAAGAGCCGCGCACGCAUUCAGCCUGUCCAUAGGAAAGCAUUCUCAAUGCUUUCCUAUGGACGCUGGCGUCUUCUCACUGUGAAAAUCACAGUGAGAAGCACGGAAGCGCCUCUAGCCGCUGUCAAUGAGACAGCCACUUGAGGCUGGAUUUAACCCUAAAGUAAACAUAGCAGUUUCUCUGAAACUAUGUUUACAGCAGGCAGGGUUAAUCCUAGUUGGACGUGGCACCCAGACCACUUAAUUAAGCUGAAGUGGUCUGGGUGCCCUUUUAGUGGUCCUUUUAAGGAGCAGUGGGGAAAUAAGUGAACGUCUGUAUUUAAUCUUUCAAGGUUUUCUUUUUUUUUUGUUUUUUUUUAAGUAUUGUCCCGGAGGAUUGGAGGAGGGCAGAUGUCAUUCCUAUAUUUAAAAAGGGUUCAAAAUCCUUCCCUGGAAAUUAUAGACCUGUGAGCUUAACUUCUGUGACUGGGAAAAUAUUUGAAGGGAUAAUAUGCAUGAAUUCAUUGGGAAGAACUUUAUUAGCAAUAAUCAGCAUGGUUUUAUGAAACAUAGGUCAUGUCAAACUAACCUAAUUGCAUUCUGCAAAGAAGUAAGUAGAAGUAUAGAUCAGGGUGUUGCACUAGAUGUGAUCUACUUGGAUUUUGCGAAGGCGGGUUACUCACAAUAGGUUAGUCUUCAAACUAAAAGUUAUUGGUCUAGAUGAAUAUUCUUGUUCUUGGGUAGAACAUUGUCUUAAGGAUAGAGUACAACGAGUUGUCAUUAAUGGUAAAUUUUCAAGUUGGACAAAAGUGGUAAGUGGUUCUGUUUUGGGGCCACUUCUAGUUAACAUAUUUAUAAAUGAUCUUGAAAUAGGCAUUGAAAGCCAUGUUUUAGUGUUUGCAGAUGACACAAAACUUUGUAAAGUAAUAAAAUGUGAGCAGUAUAUUGCUUUGCUGCAGAGGGAUUUAGAUAGAUUGGGGGAUUGGGUACUAAAAUGGCAGAUGAAAUUUAAUAUAGAGAAAUGCAAAGUUAUGCACUUAGGCGUUAAGAAUGCACAAGUAACUUACAACCUAAAUGGUAGUGAAUUAGGGAUAACCACACACGAGAAGGAUUUGGGAAUUGUUAUAGACAACAAAUUAGGCAGCAAUAUGCAAUGUCAAUCUGCAGUUGCUAAGGCCAGUAAGAUUUUGUCAUGUAUAAAUAGGGGCAUAUAUUCUCGGGAUGAAAAUAUAAUUUUGCCUCUUUAUAAAUCGCUGGUAACAUCACACAUUGAAUAUGCUGUUCAAUUUUGGGCACCUGUUCUAAAGAAAGAUAUAUAUUAUGGCACUAGAAAAAGUGCAGCGGCGAGCUACAAAAUUGAUAAAAGGAAUGGAGCAUUUUAGUUACGAAGAAAGGUUAAAAAAAUCUCUUUAGUUUGGAAAAACGGUGCCUGAGAGGGGAUAUGAUAACAUUAUACAAAUAUACUCUGGGCCAGUACAAAUCAUUAUCUGGAAAUCUAUUCAUAAACAGGGCUAUACAAGGUCAAGCAUUUAGGCUGGAAGAAAGGAGAUGUAAUCUAAGGCAAAGAAAAGGUUAUUUUUUACAGUAAGAGCAAUAAGGAUAUGGAAGUCUCUUCCUGAAGAGGUGGUUUUGUCAGUCAUUACAGAUGUUUAAACUGCAAUUGGAUAAAUACUUGCAAAAACAUAACAUACAGUGAUAUAAUCAGUGGGGUAAUAGCUGCUUGAUCCAAGGAGAUCUGACUGCCAUUUUGUGGUCAAGAAGGAAUUUUUUCCUAGUUUGUUGCAAAAUUGGAAGCGCUUCAGACUAGGUUUUUUGCCUUCUUUUGGAUCAACUGAAAAAAACAUAUGUGAAGAAGGCCGAACUUUAUGGAUGCAAGUCUCUCUUUUCAGCUAUGUAACUGUAUAUAUUUAUGAAAUGCAUUUAUUUUUUUCAGAGAGGUUACAAUUCUGCUUUAAACAAGCAUUGCUUCCUGAUUUCCCUGUACAAAUAUGUAUGUCUUGAGCAUAACACUUUCUUCUUGCAGGCUGUCUGAUUUAACCUCUCCUCUCUAUAUUGCCUAGUUUUUCACUCCUAUUAUCUCCGUGUGACCUUACAGGUAUGCCAUUGCCCUUGCUCUCCGUGAAAAACAGCGCGUUAUUUUCACAAGUCCCAUAAAAGCACUCAGUAACCAGAAAUACAGAGAGAUGUAUGAAGAAUUCCAAGACGUCGGGCUAAUGACGGGCGAUGUCACAAUUAAUCCCACUGCGUCAUGCCUUGUCAUGACAACUGAGGUAAUUACUUUUCUCUAUGUAUAUUAUUAUAAUAAUAAUAUAUGGUUUCAUUUUAUGUUUCCGUUUUUAUUAAAUUCUAUUUGGUCUGUUUAAUUGUUGGUUCCUGUGUCUUGUUUUAGAUUUUGAGAAGUAUGUUGUACCGAGGAUCUGAAGUGAUGAGAGAAGUUGCCUGGGUUAUAUUUGAUGAGAUUCAUUACAUGAGAGAUGCAGGUAUUCUUUGUGAUUGCUAAUGUUUAUUCCCAUAAAUUUAUGUAAUCUUAAAAUAGAUUUUUCUAAAUGUGAAAAAAAAAAAGAAUCUAAAUCCAUUUAAGAAUUGAAGAUUGCUUGUGAAUAGCUGUGCUUGUUGAAGACCUUCUACAAAGUAAAAGUGGUAUUCAGUUCUUGGAAUUGUGAUGUAAUUUAAAAGAAACUUGAGAUAUUUACAGCCAAUAUUGUCCUGAGCAGUUUUGUUCCCAGCUCUGCUAAUUUAGUCUAAAUUUCACAAAUUUAGUUUCAGUUCGGUUUUCAGUUCACCAUAUUUAAUUGUGUCAAAUUCUGAGAUUAAUCCUGAAGUCUGAGUUUGACCUCCUGACACCUAUGUAGAACUGUAGUUAUCGAUCAAUGUUUUUGAUAAGGUGUUUAUUUGGUAUCUCUCAAAAUAUGGAUGAAUUUUAGAACAAUUACCAAUAUAAUCAGCAUCUUUGUAUAUUUUAAUAAUUGCACAAAAAGUUUCACCUUUGACACAGUUGCUGGUUUUGUGUUUUGUUUUUUUGAUUUUGGCGGAGGGUGUACUUUCUUAUUUUAGCCAAUAAAAAUUGUGAAACUUUGAUAUAUUGGGAAAUGUAUUAACAGUGUGCAAUGCGUUUUUACAAAGCUUUCAAACAUGCUUUUAGAUGUAUGCAUGGUGAAACGAGAUUGUACAGUUUUAGUAAUUUAUGGUGUGAUACCAACCAAACCUUUAACCAGCUGUGCUAUUGUAGUCCCAAAAGAGCUGGGAUGGCCGCUGUAUAACACCCUGUUUUGUAACCUGCCUUUCUCUUUAUGUAAAAUUGCCAUGUCUUGUUUGUAUAACAUUUUGUUUUGAGCAGAAUGCAGUGUGUGUCCUGUCUGGUAUGAAAUGCAACAGGCAUACCUUUAUCACUUAGAGCAGGGGUGCCCAAAGGGUAACUUUUCUGUGUGUUCUAGAACUACAGCUUCCAUGGUGCUUUGUCAUGCUAAAUGCAUGCAAAGCAUCAUGGGAGAGGUAGUUCUACAUCUGGGGAUCUACCUUUUUUGGCAUCCUGACUUAGAGGAUUAAUGCAUUUGCUUCCUGCACUAUUCAUAAUACAACUAAUUUGCUUUAAGAGAUAUAAGGCAUUCACAUGCUCUGUUAUCACACCAACAUAUAAUGCCCUAAUGGAAAUCUUGUUUUCUUUGACAGAAAGAGGUGUAGUAUGGGAGGAAACCAUAAUUCUUCUUCCAGAUAAUGUACAUUAUGUGUUUCUUUCUGCCACCAUACCCAAUGCCCGGCAAUUUGCUGAAUGGAUCUGCCAUCUCCAUAAGCAGGUAUUUACAGUGAUCCUUUCAUAAAUGUUUUGUUGUGUGUGUGUCCUCCCAAUCUACAGUAGUUUACUUUUAACUUAAACACAUAUUCUUGUAAUUGUCCUAUUUAUAGUUAACCACCCCUCUCAUAAUAUUGUAAAGCGCUACGGAAUCUGUGGGCGCUAUAUAAAUGGCAAUAAUAAUAUCAUGGAUUAGCUUGUCUGGGAGUUGAAUUUCUACAGUUUUUAAUUUCCCAAUUGAAAUACAAGUGACAAACUCCUUCCCUGGAUAAUGAGCAGUGCAGAAGAAAAUUUUAGUCUGCAAAUCUCUCUAGAUCUAUAGCUCAUCUAAUGUCGUCAGAAUUAGGAACGUUGAGAGACUCCUUCCAUUUGGUUACUAGAAUAUUAAUAGAGUACAAAUGUUCUAUUUUCAGGGGGGACAAAUUGAUAUUUAGAGUGUGAGCUAAAAUGCUCACUGGUAUUCCUGGUCCAAUCUUGAAUUCAGUGCCUGAUUGAUUUAGACUUGCCUCUAGCUGCUAAAUAGAGGGAAGUAAGCUGCUAUCAAUGAGGACUUAAAUUCAACAGCUGGUAAAUUUUAAAAAUUGAGUGUCUGAUGGUGCAGUUUAACUAGGACUUUAAUAUUAUGAUAAUUCUGUGUGUUUAUGAAAUAGUUGGUGGUUUGUUUAUUUUUUGUUUUUGGUUUUUUUAAGCUAUUGUUUGUUUAUAAAUGUAACUUCGGAUUCUGUAAACAGAAACUAUUUGCUAAAUUUAGAUCUUUAAUUUGAAUCUAGAAAAUAAAACUUCUUGGCUUGUUUGAUUUAAAUUUAAAGCUUUUAUCCUUUUUGUUUUACCAGCCUUGUCAUGUCAUCUAUACAGACUACCGACCUACUCCGUUGCAACACUACAUCUUUCCAGCAGGUGGAGAUGGACUUCACCUUGUGGUGGAUGAAAAUGUAAGUUAAACUUGGUGCACCUGAGAAGAUACAUUCUUUUCAGGAUCACUUCAAACCCCUGGAGUUUAAAGGUUAAACAAGGUGUCCCCUUUCUUUCAAGAGAAAUUAUCACUUUCAUAAAGCUCCUGUGAUACUUUUCCUCACUUCUUUGAGCACUCAGUGUACAUUGUUAUAUGGGGUUGCCAAAAUCUAAAAUUAUCAACUCAACACGCAAGCGUUAUAAAUGUAUAUAUUUAUGGAAUGUUUACUUAAAUGCUGUUAUGCUUUAACUUAAAAGAUAUGAAGGGGAUGUGUAGGUAUUGUUAUGAAUUCCCUACCUAGGAACACUGUUUGCUCUUACUGCAAGUUUAUUGCCCCUACCUCAUGUAUGUAUGCAUAUACAAGUAGACUCCUGUUAAUGCUAUACAUGAAGCCUGGCAUGUAAACCGAUCCAUAAUGGGUGAUAUGUCUGCAUAUCCAUUGUGCGUGGACAUGCACACCUAGGGAGUACUAUCGUAUGAAAUUCUAAAUGAAAACCGUUUCUUAUUGAAGACUGGCUGAGCCACAUGGAAAAUGUGGUUUCACAAAUGUCUGAAGUCCCAAUCUGCAUACAUCCAUCUUGGUGAUGGGUGUAAGCAAUGCUAUAUUAAUUAAAAUGGUAAUUCCCCAUUUAUAUAUACAUAUUUUAUAGAUUGAGUGCUAGGGUGGUUUAGCAUGGAGCUCACAACUUCAAAAGUCUGUGGUAGUUUUGGUGCUUAAAAUAAAUACUUAAACACCAUGGAAAUUCGGGUAGGACAAUAAAUCAAGUAGUAGUUUAAUACAUGCUUUUAUAAUUUUUAUUCUUUGUUUAAAGAUGUAAAUUUACAUAUUUUUUUUUCACAGGGAGAUUUCAGAGAAGAUAACUUCAAUACAGCAAUGCAAGUCCUGAGAGAUGCUGGGGAAUUAUCUAAAGGAGACCAGAAGGGGCGGAAAGGGGGUACUAAAGGUACGCAGUAUGGGUAGACUAAGCAUACAUUAUUUUUAUUACUGGUUUAAACUUAAAUUGAAACUUAUUAAAAUAGGGAUGUUCCGAGCAGUACAAAGAGCAUAGUCUAGAACUUGUGGAUUUACAGUGAAUACUUUUUGACAUGUUUUCAUUUAAGUCCUAUUGGAUUUCAUCAGGUAAUGCACCGCAAAGAAAUAGGCCAUUACGUUAGGAGGAAGAGUAUGUCCCAUCCUACCCAUAUGCUGUGAAAAAAAAAUCUGCAUAGUGUUCUCCUAUAAAACACAUUCCUCAUUCUUUGGUCUCCGUUGAUUUUUAGAACCUGGUCAAAGGAGGGGGAUAUGAAUUGUAAUUUUUGACUAAGGAUUUUUAGCAGCCAGAAACAGGUGGCUUCAAAGCUGGUUUUAGUGAGUUAAGGAGAAUGAGGUGUAUACGCCACAGGGCCAUACACUGGUCUGCUGGUACGAGGAGACUUGCAGGUUUAGAUGCUAUCCAGAAGACCACCGUGUGCUAAUGGAAUAUCACUCCUAAAAGAUGGUGUAUGUCCUUUAUAGCAGCCGACAUCACUUGUAGAGUGACGUAAAGCUGUAUUUAACACUUUAAGUAAACUGCUUACAUGAAACGGAGCCUUGUAACAAUUAAACAAAAACAAAAAACCUACAAAACAUGUAGGCCUUGUUUGAAAAAUCAGUCUGCAAUAAAUAUGAUUGAUAUUAAACUUAAAUCCAGAGCAAACCUACUGAAUAUCAAAUAUAGUUUAAAAAGUGUUUGGAUUUCUUUUUUAUUUUAUUUUAGGUCCUUCUAAUGUGUUUAAAAUUGUAAAGAUGAUCAUGGAGAGAAACUUCCAGCCCGUUAUCAUAUUUAGCUUCAGUAAGAAGGAUUGUGAGGCCUACGCUUUGCAGAUGUCCAAACUAGAUUUCAACACAGGUAAUGGUUUAGUAAUUGAAAUGUUUUGUUAUUGGGUGUAUGUUGUGAAGGAGGUUAGAAAUACAGUCUGUAGGACAGUGAUAGCCAACCUCAGGCUGUUGCUUUACAUUUCUCAUCAUCCCUUUCUUGUGGUUAUUCGUUUGAGGUAGAGAUUGUUAUGUAGCUUUUUAACAUUUAAUAUUAAUAAGGAACACAAAGGAUGUUCCUAGAGACUUCUUGCCCAGGUUGUUAGUAGGAUAAACGUUCUUAGUGGAGAAUGCCUCAUUGCAUUACCAGCCUUAACCUGCUUAUAGGAAAUUCAGGCUCUAUGCGGCAUGCUGAAGAGUUUUAGUUAUUGGUAGAUGAUUGACACCUUCUCAAAGCAGUAUUUGAUUAUAUGCAAGGGUCUCUCUUUUCUAAAAAAAAAAAAAAAAAAACACAAAAAACUUAAUGUCGGUGAAGAUAUUUUGAGUCCCCAGGUGCCAUCUUACCUUAAAAUGUAAAAUCAUUUCCAAAUUUUUUGACACUAAUUGGAGGCCGGUGAUAGGCCGAUUGUCAAUCAAUAGAUGGUGCUCUGCACUUCUGCAUAAAAUGUAUUAUUCCUCUCUUGAGUUAGUGAGUUGCCUUCCCUGGGCUACCAGCUAAGCGCAUCCAGGCUUUGAACGGAUGGGGGCGGCUUAGCGUCAUGACACCAAAUUUUAUUUUGUCAGUGCCGCAGAAGCGCCUCAAUAAGACGGCCAUUACAGGGGGAGAUAUCCACAAAAACAAACUGCAAUUUAAAAAGGACCACUGCACCUAGGCCACUUUAUUGAGAUUAAGUGGCCUGAGUGACCUUAGUGGUCCUUUUAAAAAGCCUUUGGACCAGCCAAGGCUUGCACUUGGCGAUCCAAUCACGGUGUUUUCAAUGAGCUGUAUUUCAACUAAUUGAGACGUUUUUCCAAGGCAGAUACUCAUUGCCUGCCUUUGAGGUUGGCUCCAUAAAGCUAAACUCUGAUGGGGGAAACAAAACAUUCUCUCCCUCCCUCACUCCCCAACCCCAGAUUUCUAACAGUUUAAUGUAAAUAUUGAAAUUAACGUUGAAUUCCAGGCAAAUCUCUAAUGUAUAACCUUGAUAGUAACCAAUAGAUGCAGUACAAUAGAGUAUUACAUCCAGUAGUCAACCAAUAGAUUGCACUGCACUACUUGCAAGAAAAAUAACCUUGUGUGCUGCAAAAUUGCAAAGUAUAGUCCACCAGUAGAUGGCGCUGCACAUUAUGUACCAGCAAAAUAUAAUCCACCAAUAGAUGGCGCUGCACAUUUUGUACUGUAAAAAAUAAUUCACUAAUAGAUGGCACUAAACUACUGCAAGAGAGUAAAACCAGUAGAUGGCACUGUAUAUUAUGUUCUGCAUGUCUAGUGGUGGAUUCACUAAACACCCUAUUGCAACACUACCCAAAUUGCUGAUUUGGAAAGACUCGACAAAUAUUUUAGACACACAGGGUCAUGCGUGUUGGGAAUUCAAGGUGUAAUGCUCGAAGGGAUAUUCCAAGCAUCUAAACCAUUACAGCUUAAUGUAGUGGUUCUGGUGCAAAGAGACUGUUCCUGCAAUCUCGGCAAUUCAAACACUGUCUUUUCUGAUAACAAGCAGUCUUUACAUAUCUUAGAGGGACACUUCUAGUGGCUGCCACUAUUGUGUUGCUGCAGUUUUAUGCAGGUCUGAUGCUAAGCUUGAAGAUCCUGAAUGGUCCCUGUAGAGGUGCUUUGGUACAAUGCAUCUUUGAGGGGACUCUGCAUCGCAAUCACGUGUAAUAGCAUCUUAAUGCUUCCCCAUGUGUCUUAAUUUUGCAAGUCCAUUUUCGAUUCAAACCUCCUGUCAAAAAAUAGAUGCCACAUAACUUAAACAUAUCUGCAUGUUUUGAUAUCUUUACUAUAGUGAAAACUGUCUUGAUUUUAAAGAACAAAGUAACUAUGCUUCUAGUCCAGCACUUUGGCCUUAAAUUUGAACGUCAAUUUGAAUUCCACUUUAAUAGCCCUGUUUGUUAGCCCUGUUUGUCAACCAAUUGAUGGCGCUCGCAUUGUUACAUCAAGCUUUUAAGAAACUAUUUCAGUGGAUGGCGAUAGACAACAAUACUGCUUGAUAGCCAGUCAACCAAUAGAUGGCGCUGUAUAGCAAUACUGUACUCAACUUGUCAACGCAGUCAGAAACAUAGUCAACCAAUAGAUGGCGCUGCACAUCAAUACUGCGAGUUUGCCCGUCAACCAAUAGAUGGCGCUGUAUAGCCAUAUUGCGAGAUUGCCCGUCAACCAAUAGAUGGCGCUGUAUAGCCAUAUUGCGAGAUUGCCCGUCAACCAAUAGAUGGCGCUGUAUAGCAAUAUUGCGAAAUUUCCAGUCAACCAAUAGAUGGCGCUGCACAUCAAUACUGCGAGAUUGCCCGUCAACCAAUAGAUGGCGCUGUAUAGCUAUAUUGCGAGAUUGCCCGUCAACCAAUAGAUGGCGCUGUAUAGCUAUAUUGCGAGAUUGCCAGUCAACCAAUAGAUGGCGCUGUAUAGCUAUAUUGCGAGAUUGCCCGUCAACCAAUAGAUGGCGCUGUAUAGCUAUAUUGCGAGAUUGCCCGUCAACCAAUAGAUGGGGCAACUAAACAGAAUCCAAUCCAAGGAUACUCCGGCUAACACUCGAGAUGAUAGAUGAAAUUGUUCUAAUGAAAGGUAUUUUUACAUAUAUUGCUUUAAUCUAGAAAUAAAAAUUAGAAAAAUACUGUAUGGGCAUAGCCGUUCAAAACCUAAAGAAGCAUUUUCCAGAAAAGAUAGCCCAACAAGUUUUGUGCAGCAAUACCUGAAUAUCCUGCUACUGAAUAGUAUUAACCUAUGAUUUAACUAGUCAGCUGGAGAGAAAAGCUCGCCCUCGACAGGGACAGAGCCAACAAGAUGCAACGAAACUUAACAGUAGUAGUGGUGUUUGUUUAAUGCGAGUCUGGGGGAACUCCGGAACGGAAGCCGGAUUUAAAAAAAAACAUUUUUAUCAACCAAUAGAGGGCGCCGCUUAGCAAUACUUAGUUAAGAUCAGUCAACCAAUAGAUGGCGCUACACAUUAACACUUUAAAUAUUGAACCCAGCUUUCACAGGAGAAAUCCCUCAAUAGCAAUACAAAGUCAACCAAUAGAUGGCGCUGCAUGGUUAUUAUAUACCGGUAGUCCAUCAUAGUUAGCCAAUAGAGGGUACUGUUUAGCACUACUUAGGAUCAGUUAACCAAUAGAUGGCGCUAUACAUCAGUAUUGUGGUGAGAUAUAGCCAGUCAACCAAAAGAUGGCGCUGCACAUCAACGCUUUAUACUUGAAUAUUGAGUAUUGCUUUCACAGGAGAAAUCCCGCAAUAGCAACACAAAGUUAAUAGAUGGCGCUGCAUAGUAAUAUAUUGUCAACCAAUAGAGGGCGCUGCACAUCAACUCUCUAAAUUCGAAAUAGUAAACCCAGCUUUUACAAGAGAAACCCCUCAAAUGAAAUAAUAAACUGUAUUUUGUUGAACUUGUAAAAAUUGCAAAAAACAAUCCUCGGGUUUCCUGCUGUCAUUCACUCUGUCAAACCCAGGGUGUUAUUAAAGGUUGGAACCUGGUUACUGCAGUGUGAUCAGAUUUUGUUACCGAUUGUUGUUUAGACUUACAAGAGCAACUAAAUAUAGUUACAUUUUAUUCCAUUUGUGGAUUUUCUUUGGUGAACCCUGGAUUCCGUGUCAGAGAUUGUGAGAACCGCUCGUUCGGCUUUCACUUAGCGUCAUGAUGGCUAGUAUACAGCCUGAUAUUGGAACACUGAGAAUAGAAUGCCAGGAAUCUCUUCUUUCCUCUGUAUCUUUAUUUAUUAACCAGUCAACCAACAGAUGGCGCUGCUCAUAAACCCUGCAUGAGUACAUGUAGUCAACCAACAGAUGGCGCUGCAAUGUUACCUAUAAACAACCAACAGAUGGCGCUGCAAUGUUACCUAUAAACAACCAACAGAUGGCGCUGCAAUGUUACCUAUAAACAACCAACAGAUGGCACUGCAUAUCUGCGCUGCUAGAAUAUAUGGUUAACCGCCAUUAGACAUAGUCGACCAACAGAUGGCAUUGCAUGAUUAUGCUGCAUGAUUAAACAUAGAUGGCGCUGCACAUCAUUAUUGCAAAUUGGAUAUAGUCAUCCAGUAAUUAUUAUUGAUAAAGCGCCAACAAGUUCUGUAGCGCAGUACAAUGGAUGGACUAGAAAACACGUAUUUGUAACCAGACGAUAUGGAUACACAGGAACAGAGGGAUUGAGGGUCCUGCUCAAUGAGCUUACAUGCUAGAGGGAGUGGGGUAUAGUUUCAGCAGAGGAAUCAGGGUGUGGGGAGUGAAAGGUGUGCACAGUUUAAUUGAUAUGCUUUCCUAAAGAAGUACGUUUUCAAAGAUUUUCGUUGAAAGUGUGUAGACUGGGUGAAAGCCUAACAGAGAGGGAAAGGGGAUCCAUCGGAACCUCUAGAGAAGUCUGUAAGGUGAGCUUUAGAGGUAGGAGUAUGAACAGAGGUUAGACGCAUGUCUCCGGCAGAGCGUCAGGGGCCUUGAUGGGACAUAUUUGUGUAUUAGUGAGGAUAAGUAGGUCGGCGCAGCAUUGUGUAGAGAUUUGUAAGCAAGUGUCAGAAUCUUAAAUUGAGUCCUAUGUCUUACAGGAAGCCAAUGUAGGGACUGCACAUCUUUACUGUAAAUUAGAAAGUCAAUCAAUAGAUGGCGCUACACAUUACUGCAAAUUGUAUAUAGUCAACCAAUAGAUGGCGCUGUACAUCAUUACUUCAAAUUAGAUAGUCAACCAAUAGAUGGCGCUGCACAUAUUUACUGCAAAUUAGAUAGUCGACCAAUAGAUGGCGCUGUACAUCAUUACUGCAAAUUAGAUAGUCAACCAAUAGAUGGCGCUACACAUUACUGCAAAUUGUAUAUAGUCAACCAAUAGAUGGCGCUGUACAUCAUUACUGCAAAUUAGAUAGUCAACCAAUAGAUGGCGCUGUACAUAUUUACUGCAAAUUAGAUAGUCGACCAAUAGAUGGCGCUGUACAUCAUUACUGCAAAUUAGAUAGUCAACCAAUAGAUGGCGCUGUACAUUAUUACUGCAAAUUAGAUAGUCAACCAAUAGAUGGCGCUGUACAUCAUUACUGCAAAUUAGAUAUUAUCAACCAAUAGAUGGCGCUGUACAUCAUUACUUCACAUUAGAUAUGGUCAACCAAUAGAUGGCGCUGCACAUCUUUACUGCAAAAGGCAUUUUCUUGCAUUGCCAGACAGAUCUAUUCAUUGAUUUGAGAUACACAGAAUAAUAUAACACUUCUAUAUAUUAAAGGAUAAUGGUAAUUCUCCCAAAAUGUAUGUAAAUAUUGCUAUCACUUGUCAAUAUUUUAUAUAAUAAAAGUGUUCUGACAAAAUCUGAAUGUCACUGUGGUGACUAGUCUUUUUCAAAUGGGGAUCCACACUUUCUUGAUGAAUCUGUCAAGUGUUCUAACCAUUCCACAGCUAUCCCUCACUUUCCAGCGCUUUGUCAGGAAUAUUCUUUGCAUUUAAUUUUGAAUUAAAAGGGAUGAGUGCAGUGCAAAAAUAAGUGUUUCACUUAAGAGUGCAUAGUAUGGUAUUGUGUCGGCAAGCAUAAGUCUGCCUUCUGUAUGGCAGGAAUGUGAGUGUACUGAAUUGUGCUACAGUAAAGUAUGAGCAGUAUUGUCUCUUUUAAUUGGGGGGGGGGAAAAAUCUUGAUACGUAGUUAACAAACUGCAAAAUGCUGGUUGUGUGCAUUUUUUUCAAUAAACUUGCCAAUUUUGUGGUGUUUUAUCUGCAGAGGAAGAGAAAAAGAUGGUUGAGGAGGUAUUCAACAAUGCGAUCGAUUGUCUUUCUGAUGAAGAUAAGAAGCUCCCCCAGGUUUGACAUACUUAAAGCGUGUUUUUGACAAUAUUUAUUUGAUUUAUACCCAUCUCUUGUAAGACAAUAUAAUAAAAACUUAAGAAAAAAAAUGUUUAAACUGGCUGUGGGUGGAUGAAUUUGUGAAAUUAUGGUUGCAGUAAUUUGACAAUGACCAUUUUUUAUUUUAAUUAUUUUCUUAAUCCGUGUGUUUCACAGGUGGAACAUGUGCUGCCUCUUCUUAAGCGGGGAAUAGGAAUACAUCAUGGGGGACUCCUUCCUAUAUUGAAAGAGACCAUAGAGAUCCUUUUCUCUGAAGGUUUGCUCAAGGUACCAUUUGCUACAGAUAUGCCAGCUGUUCUAAGGGCACAGUCUAAAUAUUAACAUUGAAAUGUAAUGGUAUUCUUUUAAAGCAUGUUGUGAUUUAUUAAUACAAUACAUUUUGUUUAGAAUGUGCUAAGGAGGAGAUGUAACAGAUGCACAUUCAAACAUUCAGUGGGAAAAGAUAUGUUAAUGACUCCGACCACCGCAUACUAGGGAUCUGACUGUGUUGGAGAGACCUAGUACAGUAAUGUGUCGUCGGACAUAAUGUAAGCUAGUAAGGUAUAACUAGCACAGUGAGACACAUGUUAAGCAUCUAGAUGAACUGGAAUAGCAAUAGCCUCUAAUUUUAGAUUGUGUGGAUACUGGAUUUGCUCUUACAACUUUCAAAAAGCACAGUACCACACAGUAAUAGAAGGUGCUUUCAUAAUGUGAGGUGCACUGCAAGUAGUUAUUAUACAUUCCAAUAGGUGGCAGCAUUGCUUACUAUCUCAUGCAUUGCAUGUCAGGGCACCUGUGUGCCAUAUAAAUAGUAUCACAGAGAUGGGACAAUCCUACCAUAAUACCCACUAUCCUAUUACACUUAGCAUUACAAAUUCAAAAAAGGAAAAAUCAGGGUGGAUUUGGGGUAAUUAUGAGGCUAGGAGGAAAAUCUCCAACAAAAUUCAAUAUGUUGUUAAAAAACAAAACUUAAAUUGGACGACCUGAUUGGAGACACAUUUUAUGGUGUGUAUGUUUUGUACGAAGCAAAUCUAACUUUGUUACACAUGAGAUCAUAUUAGUCUUAUUUAAAUGUACGUUUCAGUAAAUAUUGUGCUGAAGUUAUUUAAUGUAAAUGCUUCAUGUUGCAUGGAGUAUAAAAUGAGGUGAAAAUAAGCUCACAAAGUAACAUUUUCAUUCUUUUAGUCAGUGCAGCUGCAGUACGUGUGUCAAUUAUAUGGUUGAUACAUUUUACAAAAUCUGACAAGCCUUAUUAUUUUGCAGGCUUUGUUUGCUACAGAGACUUUUGCAAUGGGAAUUAACAUGCCGGCCAGGACUGUUCUAUUCACAAGUGCCCGUAAAUUUGAUGGAAAAGAUUUUCGCUGGGUAAGCAUCUUUAAAAUGUACCAAACGUUUUGUUUGAUGGAAAAAAAAAAAAAAAAACUUUUUUAUUUUUCAUGCAGUACCAAUAGAUGGCGCUGUGUUUUAUAAUUGCAGGAUAGUGCUUGUUUGCUUGUUCCUGUCUCCUAUACCGCAAGCAAUAUCAUACAUGUGUCAAGAUGGCAGCAAUACUUGGUCUUGUGCUCACGUUCAUUCUAUACAAUGCAAUACAGUGUUAAACUAUUUUGCAUAAUAUAUGCAGCUAGAGAUGUAUACUAUUCUACCCCAUUGUGAGUCCUUUUUAAUUAACCCUGCCCAGAAAAAAAGCUUUUUUUUAUUUUUAUAGCUAAUGCUAUACCAGCUCACAAUCUAGCAGGUAUGUGUGUGUGUGUAUAUGUAUAUAUAUAUUUUAUACACACACAGUGCAUGUGACUGCUGGCCCCAGACAUGGUUUUGAUACAGGUUAGAUGUGGAGCCAAAGUGACAUCAUUAUUUUCCUAAAUGGCUUGUAGUAGGUUUACGAAAUCAUUUUGUUCAUUCACAUCAAAUUACCUUUAUUUAUUUUUUUAGGCUUACUGGCAAGGUUGUUGAUUGUACUCUGUUCAGGAUAUUACUUAGAGCCACAUGGUGGUUGUGCUAGAUUCACGUGAAUAUAUAAGGCAUGAUGUGAUUUCCCACAGCAUUGCGCAAUCUAUUAGUAUUUCAUUCACUAAUGUAAAUCUAAUACUCACUCCAUACAUUGUGUAUAUUAGGUCAUCAUUGCCAAACAUGUUCAAAUGGAUAGGAAUUAAAAACAAAAAACAGGUGUUUUCAGAAGAGAACAACAUUGGUAAUUGUUAUAAUUGAUGAAGAAAUUGUAUACAAUGUAAAGUGAAAGUUCAAUGGAUUUUAAGCAUUCACCUCAAACUUACUAAACUUUGUUUUAAUUUAGAAUUGCAAAACAUGUACAUAUUUCCUUAAAACAACCAAAAAGCUUUUGUUAUAUACAUAUUGUAUAGACACUGGGUACUAGUGUCACAGUAAACCCAUGUAAUAAGAAAAACAGAGAGAUCGGCACUUAAAUGGAUCAGCGCUUAAUAACUGGACUAAAAGAGGCAGCACACCUGAAAGGUGGGGUCUUCCGCAGUAAACUCUCUAAAAAAAAUCUUAGUGAAAAACUGGCAAGAAAACCAGGUUGUGCCAAAUAGUAUACUAUAUAACUGUUAAAGAAAACAUAUGCCAACAAACUGGUAGAGAAAAACUCCUAACUUUAGAGUCCUUUUUUUUAUUGAAGAGAUCUUGGUAAGCUUUCGUGCUUGGGAACAAUAUUAAAGUUGACUAUUCAACACAAUACAUAAGAAUGUGGAAGUAAUAUUAAUAUAUCUAUUUCAGAAUAUUGCAUAUUCGAAUUUCUCCACAACCCCCCUCUGCAGGUGCUUUUGGGUAAUACUUCUUGGUGCAGUUAUUGUUUGCACUGUGAUGCUAAAGCAAUACUAUUUAUCAGCCUACAAUCCCUUAUUAAAAGACGCAUUUAUAUAAUCCUUUUCAAGUAAGCUUGGUGGUUUCCCAACUAUUCAUACGUAUAAUUUAUUUGUUGUGCAGAUCUCAUCAGGUGAAUACAUUCAAAUGUCUGGUCGUGCUGGGAGGCGUGGAAUGGAUGAAAGGGGAAUAGUAAUUCUUAUGGUUGAUGAAAAAAUGAGCCCAACAGUUGGAAAACAGCUACUAAAGGUAAGAUCUAGGCUUGCUGUCUUAACAAUGUAUUCAAAUCUAGCUAAAAUUAGACCAACUUUAUCUUCAGUUUAAGAAAGUUCACAUUUUAAAAAGAAAUAAAUAAAAGCAUAGACUGUAUAUGCUCCAAUAUAUGUUCAAAUUGGGGUACAUAACAUUUAUUUUGCUGCAUAACAUACUUGCCGCCUUAAAUUAUUUGUUUUGCAUGUUCAUGUUAAACCAAACAGACUGACUGCGUAUGACAAUAUAAGGUAGAAGUGUGAAAUCUAGAUGAAAAUGAUGUGUAUUGGGGGGGUGGGACAGCAGGGUGGUCUUGAGUUGCUUUUGUAAUAAGAGACCCCUCUAUUAUGUUGAGACAAAUAGGAAAGCCAAGUAUUUCACGUAUCUUGGUAUUUCUCUGUCCCAUCUAUUAAACUUGCUGUCUGUUACUCCAAUAUCCUAAUCUCCUCCACCCUGUCCAGCUCAUUAGUGAAUGAUAGGGCUGAGGGCUGCAUCCAGAAAGAAGGGACCAGUGUUCUCACUUCCAGAAACAAAUACUUGGAGAGGUUAAGUACAUUGUUUAGAAAUGGGGAGCUUGGUGUGGUACAAGAACACAUCCACAGGGUGGAAAAGAUAAACUGUAUGUAUUAAAGAAAGAACAAAAAAAAAAUACUUGGUACACCUUUAUCUCAACAGCAUUCCUCUGUUGUCCACAUCAUGCAUUUACCAGUGGCUGUGGCUGCAGGGUCCAUUGGAAACUAGUUCUCAAUAGAUUGUUGGCUGUAAGUGCAGGGUCCAUUGGAUUCUAGUUCAAUAGAUUGUUGGCUGUGGGUGCAGGGUCCAUUGGAAACUAGUUCUUAAUAGAUUGUUGGCUGAGGCUGCAGGGUCCAUUGGAAACUAGUUCUCAAUAGAUUGUUGGCUCUGGCUGCAGGGUCCAUUGGAAACUAGUUCAAUAGAUUGUUGGCUGUAAGUGCAGGGUCCAUUGGAAACUAGUUCUCAAUAGAUUGUUGGCUGUAAGUGCAGGGUCCAUUGGAUUCUAGUUCAAUAGAUUGUUGGCUGUGGGUGCAGGGUCCAUUGGAAACUAGUUCUCAAUAUAUUGUUGGCUGAGGCUGCAGGGUCCAUUGGAAACUAGUUCUCAAUAGAUUGUUGGCUCUGGCUGCAGGGUCCAUUGGAAACUAGUUCAAUAUAUUGUUGGCUGUAAGUGCAGGGUCCAUUGGAAACUAGUUCUUAAUAGAUUGUUGGCUGUGGGUGCAGGGUCCAUUGGAAACUAGUUCUUAAUAGAUUGUUGGCUGUGGGUGCAGGGUCCAUUGGAAACUAGUUCUCAAUAGAUUGUUGGCUGAGGAUGCAGUCUAUAAUCUGUCUCCCACAGUGAGGUUUAUUUAUAAAAUAUUCCGACCAGAAAUGUGGGGCAGAGUUCAAAAAGUGGGGCUGUCACCAUAGAAACUAAUGGAGUCAGCAUAAACUUUACUGGAUGUAAUUUGGAAUGUAUUUAUUUUUUUUAUUAGAAGGAAGGGGUAAACUAUAGUUCUAAAAGUGACAAAACAUUUCAUAUAAGCUGCAUUGCACCACAUCAGUUAUCCUUCAUAAACAGCCAUUGUUGCAAUCAUGCGACUGUUUACUUGUACUAAAAGGGAUUUACACUUUAUGCAGGAGGAAAUAUAAAAAGUAACGGACUCUAACAGUUUAUGGUAUUAAUCAAGGGUGCGGAAAAGGUAGAUUCCCCCAGAUGCUGAGUCCCAUGAUGCUUUGCAUGUAUUUGGAAUGCCUUUAGUGUGGCAAAGCAUCAUGGAAGCUGUAGUUUUAAACCAUCUGGGGAUCUAGCUUUGGGGCAGCCCUGGUAUAAAUGAUACACCAGUUAGUACCUAAAGCCCAUCUUAUUCAAAAGAGUUGUACAAAAACCUUGAUGUAAAUAUUUGUCACCUUAGACUUCAAGGCUGAAGUAAGUGUCCCAUUAAGAACAUUUACAGAGGCUGCAUUGUGCUGUAACAGUUAUUGAUGGAAGGCUGUCUGUAGUUUUACAGUGAGAUGUGCAGUGCAUGGCCACCCCUGACCUCAGUACUUUGAAUUUUGCUGCAACCUCUAUCCUUUCCUUGAUAAUUAAGUGUUCUUGCAUAGCAAGACCACUUAAUGUUAUCUCACAUAUAUAUUAUUAAGUGUUCUUGCAUAGCAAGACCACUUAAUGUUCUCACAUAUAUAUUAUUAAGUGUUCUUGCAUAGCAAGACCACUUAAUGUUAUCUCACAUAUAUAUUAUUGUUAAGUGUUCUUGCAUAGCAAGACCACUUAAUGUUAUCUCACAUAUAUAUUAUUAUUAAGUGUUCUUGCAUAGCAAGACCACUUAAUGUUAUCUCACAUAUAUUAUUAAGUGUUCUUGCAUAGCAAGACCACUUAAUGUUAUCUCACAUAUAUAUUAUAUUAUUAUUAUUAUUAUAGCAAAAUUUGCCACCCUAACUCCUCCCACAGUUUUACACUACAUAGACCAAAAUUUACCAAAACGUGCAGAUUGUUCCCGAUCGGAUUGCUAUUACUUUGUGGAACGUUUCGCCGAAUGGUUCACGGAAUAUCGUCGUUCUUGUGGCGCAAUUUGUCCCAUAGGAAUGAAUGGCAAAGCUAGAGUGGGAGCUGGCAAAAGCUGAAAAAUCAGGACAUGAUUGCUAAACUGCCACCACUCCCUCAUUUUCAGGCCCACCUACACAAAUCUUAUAUCAAAACGUUCAGCUAUCCCUGCUGCCACUAAACAUGUCAACGGCUAAGCCACAGUCCUGAUAGUUUUCACAAUAUAAUCAUUUGUUUGCAUCUAACGCCGUCCAUUGACAUUCAUUGAAACUUCACUCUGCAAAGCUCAAAUUUGAAGUGCAAUUUCUAAACUGCGACUGUGCCUUCAUUUUUAAUACUUCAGAGACAUACUAUGCAUCAAAAUGUAGGUCUGGGUCUUGUGAUUCUCACAAUAUAAAGCUCUUCGCUGUAGGAUUUAUAGUUUUUAAAAUAUGACCGUUUGAAGAUGGCAACCACCAAAAUACUCUGACCUGUCAAGGCUGCAGCAGCAAGUGAUGUCAUAGACAGGGCCUUUUGAACACCUGCUAAUGUUUUUAUAAAUGUAUGGUUUAAUGUAACUGUGCAACAACGUUGCAAUUAAAUGUGUUAUAUAAAUGGUAGUUACUCCGCCCACUCCAGUUGUAGACUACUGGUGGAGGCAAGAACACUUCACACAAUUUCCCCAGAAAUUGUAGCUUUUCUAGUUAUUAAAUAUAUCCCUAUAAGCACAUUCUGUCUGUUGAGACAACAUGGAGCACAUUAGAUAUGGUUGCUAUUUUCUUCUGACAGGCUGUUUUGGGACUGGUUUUGGAGAUCUCCUUUCAAACAUUCUCUGAAUCUGCCACAUAAUUUGUAUUGGCUGUGUGUUUUGGCAUUGCAACAAGACUGCCCACUGGUUCAUGCUGCACAUGGACUCACGCAAAAUCUAGGUUUAAAGCUGCAUUCACACUUGAGAACAUGUGCUGAAAUCCAAUUCCAUAAUCUCUUCUCACUUCAUAAUCUAGAAAUCUUCUUUUGCUUCAGUGUGUGUAAUAUGUCUCCUAACACUUAACGAACUGGGAUUUCAAAAUACAUGGUGCUUUCAAGCCAAAUCCUAUGAAAGACCAGCGGCAGGUCCGUGCCUUUAUCUGAGACUGGAAAUGCUUAUGUAAUACAAACCAAUGCAGCUGAGACUGCAUAAUAUGCAGACCUUAAAAACACACUUAUAGCACUGGAUGGCAAAUUCCUCUACCCUCUAUUAGAAGCUGAUUUUGUUUCUUGCCUUGAGUACUAUAUUGAAUACUUUUACCAUUCCUGGUGUUUAUUUUAAAGAGUGUAUUGUUUAGGAUUACACAGGGUUUUAAGAUUAUUCUAAUAUUUGUAUUUAGUUAUAUGAAGACUUUGGUGCUGAACUGUUAACGGUUGUACUGCUGCAGGGGCACCGCACAUCCUCGUACUAUAACCACUACAUUACAGUGACGUUGUUAUUAAUGUAGCGUUGUUGCUAAUCUGAAAGACAUUUUGGGCCGUGAAUAAAAUUCUAUGGUGUGGCAGUGAUAAUAUUUUGGCUGGGAUUGUUUUUGUGUCAUAACCCUAAUAAUGAAACUUAAUUUAAAGUGAAAUUCCAAUUUAAGUCCAAAGUAGCCGUAUAUGAAAGUCUCCAAAUUAGCUUUUCUUCCAAUGUGGCUACUUUGGCCUUAAAUUGGAAUUUCACUUUGAAUGCUCAAAAAUUUUCAGUUCCUUUUAAUCUUUGUUUUAAAUGACACAAUACUUGAUUGUCAGCAUUAGAGUACAGUUAUGCUCGGGGCAAAGUAUUUGGGUGCCUUAUAUAUGAAAAUGGCCACAUCAGUAAAUAAUAAGCAGUGUUAAAUGGAAGCAUUGUCGAUGAGUGGUGGCUGGGACAUUUAAUGAUUAUUGGGUUUGUUUGGCCCCUCUAGAUUUCAAUGAUAUGUUGUUGUAAAUAGUAGAAACCAGCUCUAUAUUUAACCAUCGUCACCAAACAAUAGUCAACAGUGUUUAUGCCAUGACCAAUUUAGUUAGUACUGUCAUACUAGAUAUUACUGUUGUAGCUGAUAACCAGUUGUGUUAAUGAUUAAAGUAUAAUACUGUGACAUUUUUAGAAUGGAUGAUACCUGUCUGUGCCAAGGUAGAAACCCUUUCUAGUAGAGACAAAUGCCUGCAGAACUAAUGCAGGAAGUGUACGUUGAAUUGUGUACAAGGUUUCCUUAGAGAGCAGGUUGGUAAAUCUCCCCCAUUGUUAGUGGAGUCUGUCUGCGUUCCACAUUUAAACCAAGUGUCAUGUUCUGAAAAUGGUGCAAUCACCAUGGAAACCAGUGGAACCAGCAGGCUGUAACUUUCCAUUAAAACCCCACCCCUUUUACCAUUUUUUUCGAACACCACACCUUGGAAAAUGUCCCCUAAUUAAUUUGAGUAACUUUUCAUACAGGAAAGGUAGAUGUUGAAAGUAAAAAAGGCUACAUAUGUGCUGCUCAUUGCUUAGAAAAUGGAUCUUGCAGGACAGAAUGGGUUCUGUAUUCCAUACAGUGGAACACACAAUUUUAUCUUGUUCUGUCAACACAGAUUUAAAAAAAUAUAGCUUUUGAGCUAAAAUAUAUAAAAAGUGUUAUAUACCAACUACUCUGUCCGCCAGGGUAUAAAAGAGUAUAUAAAGAGUUCUGCUGCCUACAUCAGCUGUAGUGAUGCCCCGAACGGUUCGCCGCAGACUCAUCAUUGAGUAAACUUUGACCCUGUACCUCACAGUCAGCAGACACAUUCCAGCCAAUCCGCAGCAGACCCUCCCUCCCAGACCCUCCCACCUCCUGGACAGCAUCCAUUUUACAUUCAUUGUGAAGCUGCAUUCUUAGUGAGCUGUCCAGGAGGUGGGAGGGUCUGGGAGGGAGGGAGGGAGGAUCUGCUGCUGAUUGGCUGGAAUGUGUCUGCUGACUGUGAGGUACAGGGUCAAAGUUUAUUCAAUGAUGAGUCCGUGGCAAACCGUUCGCGGCAAACCGUUCGGGACAUCACUAAUCAGCUGUGCUAACCACCCCACAAUAAUUAGCUAAAGGCAUAAUUGGGCAUGUAGGUUGGAGAAACCAUUUAAGUAAGUGCAUGCUUGAUGUGAUCGCUAACUGAAAUAAAAGUAAAUGCAAUAGUGUUAUGGGUAAUAAAUGUUACAGGCUUAUUGUGCAGAAAUGUUUAUUUUCUUGUGUUUCUAAGGAUGAUUUCUAUCCGGUUUUCUGUGUUGGCCACUAUGUAAUAUGUCAGCAUGCUGCUACAACAAUCUAAAUCUUUUUGUGGUAGAAAUCUGUACAGAGGGCUAAUGAAUAAUCUAUAUGUAUGUAAGGUUUAAUAACACUGGUUGCAAACAGUGUGGAUUGAUACCAUAUAAUGUACAAUAUCUCCAAAACCACACUGGCACAAAUGGGGCUUAUAUUUAGCAUUUAAUAACAUGUGGUGCAAAGUGGGUGGGAAAUAUUAGAAUAUAAUAUGUAAUAUUCACAAAUCCUAACUGGCACAAACAUUGAUUUUUGUAGCAAAAACCAGCACAAAGAAAUUAUUUAUUAGUUUUUAAAAUUGAAAUGGAGACAAUAGGCAUCCAGGCCACUUUAUCUCAAAGUUCUGCAGAAUGGUAAUGUUUUCAUUGAAGGAGUUUAACCCCUUAAGGACCAAACACCUGGAAUAAAAGGGAAUCAUGACAUGUCAUGUGUCCUUAAGGGGUUAAAGCAGCACGGUCAUGCCGAACUUACCUUUCCCCAAUCGAUUCCUCUUCUCCCCCUUUGUCAGGAUCUGUUCUUCAUUUCUUCCUGUCUGCUCUUGUUUUCUUUAAAAAGUAAGACAAGAAGGGACUAUUUGUCUUAUGGAUGUUUCCUAUGACUGACCAUCUAUGACCACUGGAGGAGCAAAGUGUGCUCCGUUUCCUGUGGACAGAGAAAUUUCCCCACAAUUCUUACCUUUCCUCCGUGACCUCACGAUGCUUCCUGUCCGUAUUCCGGAAGGUCCUGUCAUUUAGACAGAAUGGCGGCGAAACUACUGAAUUUCGUCAUAACAGAAUGAGAACAGUUUCUCCAUUCGUGUUAGGACCUAAUUCGGAACUUUGUCGGGAUCGGAAUUUAAUUCGAAUGAAUGAAAUUCUGAUCUGAUUCGUGCCACGGCUGCAUCUUACAGAUGCUUAGUAGAUAACUCCCUAAUUCCCACACUAUUGGGGAGCGAUCUACAAUAAGGCUGAAUGACCUAAAUUGUUCUUUCAGCCAAAUUUACUAAUACUAAGCAAAGAUUACUUAGUAUUAAUAAAUUCCGCCCCUAGUCACUAUAUCGUGGGUUGGGGCAUGUCUACUAAACAGUGAGCAGCAUUCUGAUUGGUUUGCUUGAAAUCCAACCAGUGCUCUGUGUCAUUUUACACAGCGUGGGAAAGUUCUUUGGAAUUUUACCAUGCUGUGUAAUUUGACUCAUAAUACUGUGAUUUGUUGCUUAACUGGGCAUGCGCUGGAAUUUCACAGCACUAUCUAGUGUGGGCAUAUGACGUGUCCCACAGGGACUUCAUCUACCCACACAAAGAUGGCGGCGCCUAGGGCAGAAAAUAAAGAUUAAAAUAUAGGUAUUAUGGGGGGGGGGGGACUAGGGGGACAAUUUUGGCAUUUGGGGGUGACUAGGGGGACAAGUAAAUGUAGUGGAGACAUAAAGAAGACAGCCACUAGAUGUGCUUCAGAGGAAAUAAGAGUAAAACAGCAACUUCUAUCAAAUGGUCUCAGAGACCUUCUGAUUGGUGCAGUAUGGCAUUUUAUGCGGAUUUAUAGUUUGGUUAUCAGACUAAAGAGUGCAUUGAUGCCACUUAUCUGCUGCUGCUAGAUGGGGAGUCUGUUGAUAUAAUUCCUUGUCAGGCAUCAUCAGAGGUACAUUAUAAUAAAAAAUAUAUAAAUAAAUGUGUGUGUGUGUGUGUGUGUGUGUGUGUGUAUAUAUAUAUAUAUGUAUAUAUAUAUGUAUAAAUGAUGUUGAUUCCUCUUUUAAUCAUGAAAACAUACAGGUUUCUGGGAAAGUUAUUUUUUUUCCUCUUAAAUGACAUUAGCCAGGAAUAAUAUCUUCUGUUUUUGCUUCCUUUCUCUAAUGGAAAGAGCAGGGGAAAUGCCAAGCUGUGGGAGGUAAUACUGCAACGAAGGCAUCUGGCCUUCAUGUUGCUACCUUCUGCUGUGCUGGCUGCCAAGCGAUUGCUAAAGAAUGGAAAGGUUUUACCUCACUGGAUGGUGCCGCUACGUGCUUUCAGAUAACUUUCCCAAACAGCACUGCAAUAGAGGUUUCCUGUCAUAGCUCCCCGUCAAUAAAUAAAAUACAUUAGGCACUUUUUAUUCCUGAACGAACAGACAUUCUCUUCUAUCUUGUCCUGUGACUCCUUUUCAUUUCCCUCUGUGUCCUGGAGACAGACCGUAUUGGACUUUGAAAUGCUGAUCAAAAUUCACCAGGGCGAUUGCUCACAUCCGGUUUGACAUUUUUUGUGUAUGCUUUUAUUUCAAUUUUUAUUUUUCCCUUGUGUAACUUUGUUUUGGACAUUGUUGUGACACAGAAUGAGAUUUUUGAAUGGGUAGGAGUUUUAAACGGACUUAACAAAAAACUGGUAUUGUAAAUGAUGCACUGUGCUAAAUAGCAUCUAGACCUGUCUAGCAAAUCUGGCCUGUGAUAUUAAGUCACUGCCCACAACCAUGCUAGUUCCUUUAACUGUGAUGAACCCAGAGGCCUUCAUGUUGGUCAUUCCAUUCAGCCUGAAGAGAUCCAGUUCUAAGCCUGGAUUGUCCUAAACAGAUGUCUUAAUGUAUGAAAAUAUUAGAAUUGCAAGUACUACAGCCCUCAACAAGUUCCGGCUGCAGUAUCAGUCAGCACUAUUCCCUUUAGCUGUAUGCCAGGAGUGUGUAUGUGCAUGGUUACCCUCUAAACCAUGUGCUACCAGGGUUUCUCCAAAGGUGUACCUCCAGUCAUUGCAGUACCAAUACCUUACCUAGGGUAAGGUAUUGGUACUCUUCACUAUUGAUGAUCUAUUUUAAUAUACUGUACUCCUAAAAUAUAAUGAAGCCCAAAUACAUGUGCCAUUUGGAUGAAAUCUAAUCAUGGUUUGAAAAAAAAAACCUUUUAUGUAUUUAAAGCACACUUGCAACUUUUAAAAAUCUUCUAAAUCCAAUCAAUCCUAAAGCGGUAGUAUAGGCACCAAAAUCACUUUUGAUUAACCAUGCCUUUUUGGUUUAUAUAUCAUGCCCCUGCACUCUUUCAAUUCUUUGCCAUUUUGGGGUUACACCACUUUGUUUAGGCAGCCCUAUUAACAGAUCCAGCUGUGACAAACACAGUCUUUAUGGGAAAAAUGGUUUCUUUUUUUAAAAUAGAUCUUACAGCACAGAUUUUUAUUUUAUUUUUUUACUAUAAAAACUCUCCUCUCCUGCUCUGUUAAUUGAACUUUAAUCACACACAAGAGGCUGUCGUAGGCUCUAACAGGCAAUUAAAUGAGCAGAAGAUUUGAAUUCUAAAUUGACCACACCGAAAUAAUGGAAGUGGCAAAAAAUGAGCUGUUUUUAAGGAAGUGUGUAGGGAUGCUGUGUGAGCCACAGCCAGAGGAGUUGUGGCUAGAGCUUGCAUAAACAACGUGAUUUAAAGGGACACUCUGGGUGCCAUGUCUUUGUAGUUUUAACCCUGCAACAGCAAACAUUAUCAAUCUGCAGGAACAGCGAGGUUUUCAUUGCUUCUAAUAGCUACAGGAAACUAGCGUUAGGAAUACACGUGUAUUCCGAACGCCAUAGUAUUAAACUCCUGUACAUCAGAACAUUGAAUUUUAACGCUGAAGGAGCAUGGGGGGCCAAAACCACUUCAUUAAGCUAAUGUUGUUUUGAUGCUUAAAGUUUCCCUUUUAAAAGAAGGAAAAAAAAAAAAGGAGGGGGUAACUAGUAGCUGCUUUGAGUUAGUGUAUGACUGCUGGCGAUUUAAAAGCUGCAUUCUCUUUAGUAGUCAGGCAGAGUCCCACUCUUUAUUGGUUUAGGUAUGGUUUGUGUUGCUUUCUGGUUCUAUAUUGAAUCGUCAUACUUCUAUUCGUACUUAGCUUUUUUGAGAACUUUGUGUAGGGCAUUUGGGCAUGUUAUAACACUUGUCAACGUACAAUAUGGUGAAAACAACGCCUCUGACUCCAGAUCUCUUAAUAAAUGGUAUACCUAAACUAAAAUGAGACAAUCCCUGCAUUUUUUUCUGUUCCCUAAGGCAGAAAAAAAAAGCUUAGUUGUCUACUUACGAGCUGAUAUGAUCUGAUGUGUGAAACCUAGAUGGUAAAAAGUUACUCCAGCCACCAUGACCACUUCUGUGUUUAGAAUGGUGGUAAUGUCUGCGAGUGCAACGUUUCUGCUUAAAACACAUACAGACAUAUUUGCACUUAUGUGCCAGGGGCUAGUUGCACCUGUGGCAAACUUGACUUAGCAGCCCAAAUCUAUUUUCCAGGCUGCCAAAUAUCACUCAGUUCUGUGCUCAGAUGCCAGAUCUUCCCCUGCAGGCAGUGCUUCCUCAAGGGGGAAGCUUGCUAUUCCCUCCCACAUGUGCACAGAGCCUGAGAAUGGUCCAAUCUGAUGCUUCGGAACGCGCAAGGUAGCCUGUGCUGCUGUCACACAAGGCUUGGAGAGGGAUGCUGGGAGGUUUGCAUGGCACUGUCAUACCUUGGUUUCCAUCUGGGCUGCCAGAGGGGCCUGUGUAAAAGUUAAGAGGUUUACAUAUUUUCCUUGAUGGGACAGAUGUCUUUAAUUCAAUAUCUGUCAACCAUUUAAAAACUUUUAUUUAUUUUUUUUGCUUUUCCAGGGCUCAGCAGAUCCAUUGAACAGUGCUUUCCAUCUGACUUACAACAUGGUACUAAACCUUUUACGUGUAGAAGAAAUCAAUCCCGAAUAUAUGCUGGAAAAAUCCUUUUACCAAUUCCAGCAUUACCGAGCCAUUCCUGGAGUAGCAGAAAGUAAGUGAAACCUUUCCAAACUCAAGAGGAAAAUAAACUGUGGUUUUAAACUGCAUAUGAUAACCUGCUUAAUGGAGUGCAUGCAAUUCUACUUUUAAGUGCACAUCCUAUAGAUGACAGACCCAGACAAAUUAAUCCCAAUCUAUUGAACAUUCUCAGGGAAGCAUAAAUGGCAAGCUUCAUAUAAUUUAAACACUUCUUACUGAAGCUGGAUUUCAUUGCUUUUCUAUGUCUACUACAUGAGUGUGAAUGAUGGGAUGUUAGUUUUGGCACUAAUCACCUUCUGUGUCUAGUGCUAAAUUUGGUGGUUUAGGUAUUGAGUACAUGAUAAUUAAAUGAGAGCAGUGUAAGUAAUGGUAUUUCAAAGACCGUUAUUAUUAUUUAUAUAGUGCCAACAAAUUCAGUAGCGCUUUACAAUGGGUGGACUAACAAAACGGUUAAGUUGGUCUUUUAGUUAGUGCUCCCAUGUAAAUGCUUUGCUUUUAGCAGAAGCUCCCUCUUUAGUGGUUUCUCGGCCUGACUGUAAGGUAGCUAAUGCUCUGUCUCUCGAUGCACAUUAUCAUGUAAUGGAGAACAUUAUAGACCCAAAUAAUCUUUAGGCUUCAUGAAGCCUUUAAUGGAUUGUGUGAGAUUUUGAAGGCUCCUCAGGUCCAGCUGCAGUGUGCUCUGGCAGAACUAAAAUUGCUGAAGACUGUUGGCAUGAUAUGUUUGUGUUUUCUAUAAAUUGUCAGCGAUAACAUCUGUCAGUACUCGAGAAAAUAUACUGGUAAUCAUUACUGGCACUGCAAAUAUUGUGUACUAUGUAAGUAAUGAUGCCCAGCCCACAGGAUCAGCCAUUAGUUUGUGUAUAUCUAUAAAUAUAUGUAUAUGUUGGUGUAUGUUUGUCUAUGUGUGUGCAUGUAUGUGUCUGUCUAUAAAUAUACGUAUAUGUACAUAUAUAUUUCUAAAAGGGAAGUGUGAUACUGAGACUGUGGUGAACACUUCCAUAACUGUGGUUUGGUUGUUCAGACAAGAGUAUUAAACACAUUCCCCAAAUACAUUGACACUCACAGGCCUAUCACGCUGUAAAGUUUACCCAUAGAAUAUGCGACUCCAUUAUCAUCAUCACCAUGUUUACACAGCUUGCUAAAUACAUUUAUCUUGGACUUUAUUCUUCUUAGCGCAGCUAGCCCUUAAAUAUCUGAAUGGUUAGGUUUGGAAAUUGCCAGUCACAAUCUGAAAAAUGUAUCUUCAAUUUUAAGAGUGUACAUUCUGAUCACCUUGAUUUCUCUCUAACACUUUUUCUUACUGUGCUGCACAGAGGUAAAGACGUUAGAAGAACAGUACAAUUGUAUACAGAUUCCCAAUGAAGAAAGUGUUGUGACAUACUACAAAAUCCGUCAGCAACUGGCCAAACUAGGCAAAGAGAUUGAAGACUACAUCCACAAGCCCAAGUAUUGCCUGCCUUUCCUCCAGCCUGGCAGAUUAGUGAAGGUAUAGCAUAAUCACUGUGAUCUCUUCUUCUUCUAAGCAUUUGUAAAAUGUGUGUGGGGUAAUCAAAGUGGCACUUCAAGCAGUCACUAUAGCCCCCCAAUGAAGGGUUUAUGGCACACAGUCUGAGGUUUUUUUUCUUUUUCCUAAAUUAUGUUUAAGCUGUUGGAUAAAUACCAAGACCCACCUAGCCUCAUCCCUAUUGCACGGUAAAUUUUCUCAAAUUCAGUCAAACUUUGGAUGACGAUCAAAGAAAGCAGAAAAAUCACUGUGGAAACAAUCAUCUCUUUCCUGUUGAUUCAGAAUCCGUUGCUCUCCAUUUGGAUUGUUCCACUUUCAGAACAUUGCUUGCCUGAUUUUUCUGUACAAAAUGGCAUUUUAACAUUGCCACAAAGUGGUCAUGUUAGUGAACAAAAAUGGAGAAGUGAUUCUAUAAUGUACUUUCAGUGAAAGCAAUGUAUUCAUUAGCUGCCCCGCUACCAAGUUGGCAUUCUAUGGUUUGUGGGAUGCCCUGUUUGGCAUUGUGAACAUUUAGCUGCAGUAGAAAGAAAACCCCUGGUCAGAAUAGUUUCUUACGUGUGCGCUUGGCUGAAGUAGACACAAUUAUUCACAAGUUUUGUUGAUGAGGUCUUUUAAUUUGUGUUGGAGUUUGAGACAAUAGAUCAAAGUAAGGUAACUAUUAUUCUAACUCCUGUAAUUCUUUGUUUGGAUUACUGAUAUUUAAAGGGUUACUCCAACCCUUUAUUAUUUUCCGGGCGGGCGUUAUAAUGCUCUAUUGCCAAUGUUCUCCCCAAUCAGUUCCUCGCCUCCUCUGUUAUUACAGUCUGCGCUGCAAUCAAAGGUAGCGUGGAGGGGUAGCUGCAAAGGACAGUUCAAGGAACAUAUGUAAAUGGAGGAAAGGCUAAAUUUAUUAAGAGAAUGGGAAUAGAGGUAGAGCAGUAAGAGGGGAGAGCUCAGUUUAAUGUAAUUUGAAGGGAUGGACGCUGAGAGGACAUUGCAGGCACAAUCCAAGCGCUGCCUGCCAGUGAAGAAUGGGAUUAAAUCUGUUGCCAGGGUGGAGUACAUGCUGAAGACAGAAGUAUUUUUUGCACAGAAUUGACAUCAGGCUGUCUGAGACAGUUGCAGGCUGCCUAAUCCAUGUUUGUCAGGGGUGUAACUAGCCCCCAGUACAAAAGUGCAAUUAUUUCUGAAUGCUGAAAUGCUCCACAUACCAAUUCCUUCCUCAAUGACCACUUAACAAAACUAAAGUGGUCAUGGAUGUUGUAGAAACCCCAAAAUAGGUUGAAUCUUCAAACUUUACAUCCCAUUAUCUGCUUUGAUCCAAUAAAACAAAAAAAACACAAUAUUUUUUUUAAGAAGAAAAAGUUCUUAUUAACUCUUUAAUAAUUCUUUUUUUUUCUGAGUUUAUUGCUUGUAUUAUAUGGCCCUCUUACGUCACUUCCACACAAUGUUGCCUAUUGCAUAACAUCUGGUGAUGUCAUGUGACAUUGUGCAUCUGAUUAUGCAAAUUAGCAUGACUGAUAUGGUGCUGCUACGUGCUUUCAUUAUUUUUUUGCCCCCAUGAAAGUCAGUAGCUCUAGAUAUUAUGUACAGACCGGUAUUUGUGUUAGAAGUGUCCAUGUUUGGGAAUUCUCCUGCUAUGACAGUCUUUGUGAAACCUCUGGCGUGUAGAGCGCUUUGCUGCCAUGCCAGGCCCCUUUCUUAUGAAUUUUAUAUUUGCAAUAAAAUGAGCAUGAAAUGGCUUUUCGUUUGGCAACCGUGUCUAAAUGCUAUGUAUUUUGGCUAAAGGUGAGACAUGGCCAGUACCAGUCAUUUGUUGCUCAUUAUUUCACUGUUCAUAUGACUCUUAACAAGAUGGUCUCUCCAGGUCUUUUACCAAUGCAGCUGUUACUUGGGCUCUCUUUCAGUAAAUGCUGUCAUUCUCGUCUGUGUCUGCCAAUUGGAAUCCUAUUUUACUGCUUUUCCAUUAGUCAUUUAUUAAUUUAAGUUUGCUUUACUGAAUAAUAGUAGUAAACCGUGUUAUUGCCUUUUCCCUGUAUCUGCUGGGUUGGUUUAUUUUUAUUUUUUGGUUAAAAUCAUUUUGCUUCUAGUGAGGUUGGUAGUUCUGUUCCUGUGUAUCUCAGCAUUUACAAAAUCAGUCAAGUUUCAAAAAGGGGUAAAAGGUCAUCGUGCUCUCCCUUUCCAUAUACCCAGAUUUGCUAUACUUCCUCUGGAUUAUCAGUUUCUAUAUUUUUUUGUUUUUGUUUGUUUAAUCUUUUCCCCCCAUUGCAAGUUAAGGGGAAGUGAUGUUGAUAAUUGUCUGUGAAAAUGGUGGCUAGGUUUUCCAUUGUUGCUUUAAUAGCUGUACAUCUGAAUGUCUUGAUAUGUUAGAAGAAUAAAAAGGGGGGUUCUCCAUACAAUUAAACAAAAUUACUCUGGUACACCUGACGUCGACCUCUUUAUUUACUUCUUUUUGAUGGUGGAAUUAAACUGUCUGAGGUUAAAAUCCGAUGUAACCGUGUUAUUAUGCUGUCAUUUUCUGUCUUUAAUGUAUCAAUUGAACUGCCAGCAAACACUCAUUUGGCAAUGGAUUGUACAAGUUAAAGCGUAGCACAAAUCUACUAUUUUCAACCGUUUUCUACUAAUUUUCCCCUUUUCUUUCUCAGGUGAAAAGCGAUGACGAUGAUUUCGGAUGGGGUGUAGUUGUAAACUUUUCCAAGAAGUCUAAUGUAAAGGUAAUCUAUGCAUGUCUUAACUUAAGAAUUUUUCUAUUUUUUUUUUUUUGUAAUUAUUUUUUUAUUUUUUUUUUUCACUUGCGGUCACUACUGUGAUUAAUUUUAUUUCUGGCAUCAAAAGCAUCAAGAUGGCCCCACGCAGUGAUUCCCAAAUGCUUCUGCUAUAAAGUUACGCAGCCGGCCACAUGUCUACAGUUAGCAAGGGGUUGAAUCUGUAAGAUUAUUUUAGCUGCACACGAACACCAGUAACCAAGCAGUUUAGGGCUGUAUCUUUGGGCAAAAUAAAUGUUUUGCCUUCUAAUUCAUAUCAGUAUUUCACACGUAACGUUUCUGCUGUAGGGGACCCUGGCUCUCAAUAAAAGCAAGCCUAUGUUUGUUUGUGGGGAGAGCCUUGGUCUGAUCUGUGCUGUAGAUCUGCACAAUUUCAGUCUGUAAAUGUCUCUGUCCCUGGAAAUGUGCAAACAUAAGCUUACAUAAGUGUACAGUUUGUUAUAGGAAAUGUUUUUAAUAUGCCCACAGGGGUUUGUGAUGUGGAACAUGUUUUUCUUAAAAAGGUCAUAUCCCCUUGCAACUUGCAAGUUACCACUUGUGCAACAUUUAUGCACAUUAGGGAAAAGUACAGCCAUCUAGGUGGAUUACAAAGCCCAUCAAAUUCAGCCACUCUGACAUAUAGCAGGUUCACGCAAUACAAAUAAAUGGUGGAUUACCUUUGGUAGAGCAGCUGUUGUGAAAUUGCUUAACAAAAUGCGGAAACAGCCUGUCUCUGCAAAAGAGAACAUUUUCUAAUUUAUUUUAAUUUUCUUUUUAAAAGCUGCUCAAGAUUUAUGUUUUAGUAAUAAGUUUCAAACUUACUGCAUUGGUGACUCUCCUACUCCUUUAAUAUUGUCAGAAGUGUCACAUAAAUUAUUUUAACUUUUACAUAGAAUUGAGGUUUGUGCCAUUUAAACUAUUGAACUGGAUGUGUAGCCAUUCAGGGAUCGACAGCCUCAGAUUUUAGCUUAAGCCCCCGCUAUCUUAACGGCUUCAAGUCUCUCUUCAUUUGAACGUUGUAUGGUGAAAAACAAAAUGUGUUCUUUUUGAAAAUUACUUGAAGCUCUAAUUAGUUAGAAUUUAAUUCUGCUGUCCUUGAGAUUCUUGCCAGAUGUUGCUGCAGAGUUUAAUCUGCAAGUGGUAGACGGUGAAUAAAUUCUAUAUAAAGUCACUAACCAACAAUAAAAAUGUUUUAAUAUGAAGAAUAAACACACAUUUUAUAGUACAUGAGGCUAUUUCUUUUACCCUUUAGAGGCUCGCAACAAGUCUGCUUGAAUGCUUACUGCAUUUACAGCUAGUUUUCCCUUUUAACUUGGGCAAGGAGAUCUAGUUACGUUGACUUUGUGUUUCUCUGUUAGUGACCGGGUUCCACGCUGAAGUGUGAGUUAAAAAAAAAAUCUUUGUGAAAAUACAAAUUUAAGGUCAAAAUAACUGAAAUGAACACGCAGUUUACAUUCUGUCCCCAAUUUGGCUGUUUUGGCCUAAAAUAUGAUUUACACGAAGUUUCAGACUUGAUUUAAUAAUCCUGUCUUUUUGUCUCCUGUCUGCCCAGUUAAAGAAUGAAACUCCAGCGUGAAUGUAGAACAGUCUGUGUGUUCCUUUAUUUCACCAACCAAAAAGGUGGUGGCCGCCUGUUAGUUGGUGCAGUAAAUUAUCACAGAAUGUGUUGUGCAAAUACUAUUGAUUUUGUUUUAGUAUUUAGUAUUUGUUUGGAGAUGCCAUGUUUGAACUUAUGUGAAUUUUCCCAUAUUGUUACAGUUCUGGCCACAUUCUGCUUUCAUGCCCCUAAAAACAUGGUAUAAAUAUAAUUAUUAUUUUUUUUAUUUAUUUUUUUAAUUCUGAAUUCAUUUUUAAAGUUUACUUGACUAAAAUGAUCCAUUGCUUUUAAAGGGUAGCUGCACAUUUCUGUUUGUGCUGCAAACAGAGCCUUGCACACUAUGGUAGGACUCUGACACAGAAUGCUACAAACACUUCUCUCUGCUGUAUAAAAAAAACUUUCUGCUUUUCCAUCCACAACUUGUCUCCAGCAGACCACAAUGUGUUUCAAUUCUGCCUGUCACUGUUUCAGGACUUUUAAUGGUGUCUUUCCAAAUGUUGCCGUCGGUCAGUUUCAUACUUUAAAUCUGUUGUUCUGUUCCUAGCCGAACUCCGGGGAACUGGACCCCCUCUAUGUGGUAGAAGUCUUACUAAACUGCUGUAAGGAGAGUCUGAAAAACGCCGCCACUGAAGCUGCCAAGCCUGCAAGACCAGAUGAGAAGGGGGAGAUGCAGGUUUGUUCUAUUUUUUUUCUUUUCUCACUCUAGAUCAGAUAUACAGCAUAUAAGCUGUGCCAUAUUUUUUAAAUAGUUAGAAUAAGAGUUUCACGUAAUAGUGACUUGAGGAGGCCACAGGUAUUACAGGGUUUGUGGGCUGCUGCAGAGCAAAAAAUGGGUCGCAAGAGUAUUCUGAGGACGGACAGCAGCUAAAAUAGCCUGCCCUUCGGUGGGUCCCUGCUCAGAACUCAAGCUGGUUUUGGCUCAUCUUGUGCCAUUACAGAGAGAACAUAUCAGACUGGUCCCACCCAUACGGGCAGUCCAGAUCCGAAAUGCCAGCAAGUUCUCUCUGCACGAGAGGGGGCUGCUGCACCUGGAAGUGCAAUGGCUGGGAUUCUACGGGAUGUUUCUGUAUGGGUUUGUGCUUGGGCUGGAUUGCUGAGAUGCCCCAAUAGGUGGGUUUUGUUUUUUGUUUUUUUAUUCCUCCACGUGAGAUGAGACAUUGAUGUUAAUGGAGUCACUGGAAGCAGAGUGAAUAACUUAAAAUUGCACACAUUUCUGUGAAUGCUUUCUUUUCCUGUUCAGGCCAUACUGGUGGUUGCAGGCAGGAGGGAACCUAAAACCUCAUGGCCCCAGUGAAACAAUCAGGGGCGGCCCCACUUCCGUGUGUGUUGGGGUUGGCUGGUUCUGGUUGUAUGUGGGGAUGUCACUAUUUAUUAUUAAACCCGCCCUCCUGCUUACCUUUAUGCUGGUAGGACCGUUCAAUCCCUAGUGAUCCAGUGGGUGCAAGCAGGAUCCCUGGUGGUCCAGUGGAGGAUAAUGUGGGCUGCUCUUUCAGGGGGUACAGACCACAGUGCACACCACUUUUAUUCAUUCAAUGAGUCCGUGCUGCCUGGCUACCCCAUUGUAGCUCUGUGGCUUACUAGAUGAGUGCUGGGACCUUUGUAACCGCUCCCUCUUAAAGUGGCAAUAUAUUCAAUGGCAAUAUAUAAAAUUAUUUGCAGGCUGGUGCAAACUACAUAGACAACUGUCACUAUGGCGUUCCAGCCAUCAAGGGGUGUUACCUUGGUAGUUACGCCACUGGUUGCAGGGAUAUGCUUUCACACCUCUAGCAGCAUACAACUGUCAAAUCCAUAUAUAAUUUGCUUAGUGGGAGCAUUAUUGAGUUUCUCAUGCACAAAAGCCUAUACUUUGUUCUUUCUCCCCUAACCAAAGGCCAGAGCUCAGUAAUGCACUCUCUCCACAUUUAUGUAAUUCUGAACAGGCAAAAAAAAAAACCUUUUUAACCAGUAAGCUCCUCAACCCUUCAUGCAUAUUGAAAUUAAUAUAUGUUAAAAAAUUAACCGGUUCUUGCUUAAAAAAAAAAAUUGCUCCAAACCCUGAUCUUUCAUCUACCCAGGUACAGUACAAGAUGUCACAUGCAGAGUACUGCAUAGUGGCGAUUCCUUUUGCUGGUUUUGUCCCUCUAGAUAGGAGGAUGGCAAUGCUUUUAGUUUGUAUAGAAAUAAUCAUAAAAAACCCAUUUGCAAACACUUAUUGAAAAAUAAGUGAAUAGAAACUUGCCACGAUUCAGCUCGAUCUUCUCCUGGAGUCUGGCAGCAAAUCCAAGUGCACAUUUGGACACCACAUGCAGAUUCCAGUUAAUAUGCUUUGCUGAAAGUGAGUUGGAGGUGGCCCAAAGCUUACUUUUAUUCAUGGGUUUUUUUUGUUUUUUUUUCUUGAUUUUUUUUUUUUAACAUUAUUAUUGCCUUUGCUAUGGUUUCCCAAAAAGCGCAGUACCCUUGUCGACAGCCCAUCAAAAUUUUGUUGAGCUAAAAGCUAAUUACCAGCCUAUUCCUGGAUGCAUAUUGAUCUCAUGGUCCUGUGUAGGAUAGUGUACACAUUCUGUUUUCCUUUUAGUACGUUCACCCUAUUCUGCUUUUCUCGUGUUGACUUAGGCUGGCCUUCCAUUACAAGCUAUGAGAUAGCCAGGCUCUGCUCUCAUCAAAGUGUCAGAGGGCAGCUUGUCACUGACCUGGCAUAUUUUCUUGUCUCAAGGGAAAUUUCUUACUUAAAUUAUUUUAUAAAGUUCUUUAUUUAAAGGACAGAUGGAAAGUAUCGUUAGCAGAUAAUUUUUUUUAUUUAUUAUUAUUUCUGUUUUGACUAAUUUAGUCUCUGCUUUAAAUAUAAAAUUCAUGUUUGACAGCACCAUAGAGUCUUUUCUCUUAGGAGAUUCAAGGAAUUAACAGCAGACAUUCUCUAACAGAUUGUUUAAUAAUUGUGCUCUUUGGUUUUAGUCUUGUGCAAGAGGGAUGAACAAUGCAAGAAUCCCUUUUUUUUUUUUUAAUCAAAGCUUGCCAAGAUUUAGUGUCUGCGUGUGAGAUCUGCUUCCUUUUCUGUACAGAACAUCUACCAUAAAGUGGCACAACUUACCCACAUACAUCAGUAAUCAGUGUUUCUCAACCUUUUAUGGAGAAGUAUCACUGCAGAUCGAAAACAAUUCCAAGUACCCUUGCCUCAUGAAAUUAAUUUCUAUUGAUUAAAAUGUAGACACUGAUAAUAUUUAAAUUAAUCCCAUAUUGAAGAACAAGCCUGAUUAAAGGUACUAAAGAAUAUUUUGAAAAUAAAUCCCAUAAUGUGAUUAAUCUGUAAGGAGGAGUCUAUAAACUAUUAAUCUGCAGUAUAAAAGUCACAAUAUGAAAAUGUAAAGGGCCACUACAGCCACCACAAGAAAGAACAGCUUAAUGUAGUUGUUCUGGUGAGUAUGGUCAGACUGUGCAGGCUUUUUGCAGUAAACAUUAUCUCUUCAGAGAAAAGGCAGUGUUUACAUUACAGCCUAGAUACUCCUCAGAUGGCUACUAGAGGUCCUUCCUGGAGCAGUGCUGAAUAGUGUGCAGCACUGACAUUCAGUAUCUCCACCCUCUGGAUUGAGACACUGAAGUUUCCUUACAGAGAUGUAUUCAUUCAAUGUAUCUCUAUGAGGAGAUGCUGAUUUGACCAAGGUGGUGUUUGGCUCUGCCCACCUCUUUGGCUGAGAUCAUCAGAACUGAGUCCUCUGGCUCAGUUGUACACUGUGGCUUCCCAUUUUUUUUCUAUUCUGGUUAGAGCCAAUUUGGGCUGUUCUGUGAAGGAAUUCGUACACAAUGUUGUGUGAGGGUCAUUUUCUUGGCAAUUUCUCGCAUUGAGUAUCCUUCACUUCUCAGGACUAGAAUAGAUUGAUGGGUUUCAGACGAAAGUUCUGUUUUUGGCCAUCUUGAGCCUGUAUUCAAACCCACAGUUGCUGUAGCUCUAGAUAAUUAACUAUUGUAAUGAAGGCCAGUUUUAUUGCUUCUUUAAUCAACAGUUUUCAGUUUCGCUGUGCUGACAUAAUUGCAUGAAGGUUUUCUAAUGAUCACUUUGCUUUUUUGAAAUGAUAAACUUGGAUUCGCAAGCAUAAUGUGCCAUUGGAACACAGGAGAGAUGGUUGCUGAUACCGUGUUUCUGUAUGCCAUUUUCAACUACAAUAGUCCUUUACAACAUUAAGUGUGUGUGUUUUACAUAAGAAUAUAUGUAUAAGAAUACGAAGAAUAUAGGAGACUCUGUACUUUUGCUUGUUGGUUUGUUUUAUGUGUGUGUGUAAUAUUGUUUUUAAUUGCAGUAGUCUUUAUCUUAUUUUGAUUUGUGCAGGUUGUUCCGGUAAUGCUUCAUUUACUCACUGCCAUUAGUAGUGUGCGUCUGUAUAUCCCUAAAGAUCUCCGGCCUCUUGACAACAGACAAAGUGUGUUAAAAUCUAUCCAGGUAAUUUGAAUGUGAUUUCUUACAGGACUUUCGAGAAAUGCAUGCAUAACUUCAGAAUCUGUUUUUAUUAACAAUAUCACUAUGCAGCGUUUCCAAUUUCAGGCUGUUAUUUUUUCCAGUUUUCAAUAUCAAUUAAAAUUCUGCGAUCCUUCUCAUGCUUGAAGACUUGAUGUCACCUAAAUCUAUGCCUCCACAUACUGUGCAUGGCUGUGUAUAUUGUGUCGUUGCUGUGUGCAGCUUUCUUGAAAUCCUUCCUUCAAUCUUGGUGUUUUAUAGAAACAGUUUAUUUUAAAGUGUGAAAAUAGUGUUGGUCAUCCAUUAAAAUAUUACUUUGCAUUUCAUUGGUUCUUACAAAUGUGUUCACAAUGAACUGAUGAUUAUGUGCUAUGCUAGACCAAAGAUGACCAACCUUCAUAAUCCACUUGUUGAUGCUGGAUUAGCCCUCAUUGGCAAUGUUUUGAUAUUUUCAUGUCUUCAUGCCAGCUACUCUGAAUUCAGGUCAGCACCUCUUGUACACUGUUUCUUCUAAUGCUCAGACAGCCAAACAAUGACUGAGCAUCAUCAGAAAGUAUCCACUGGAGGUGUCAGACCAAUGGUAAGCUUUACCAUCCUAGAUUGUUGAAACUUUGAUAUGCUUUCCAAACCCUUUCCUAUUCAGCCCAUUUUAUAAACCCAGUCAUUUCAAGGUUUGCAUGAAAGGUUGCCAACAAAAAUUGUUUCUUUUUAUUAUAUGAUUUAUGACAAGCAUUGAUUUCCAUUGUUUAGAAGAAAGUCUUAAAUGUGUAUUUUCUAGGAGGUUCAGAAAAGAUUCCCAGAUGGUGUGCCAUUGUUGGAUCCAAUCGAUGACAUGGGAAUCAAAGAUCCAGGGCUGAAGAAAGUUGUCCAGAAGACAGAAGCCUUUGAGCACAGGAUGUAUUCACAUCCUCUGAACAACGACCCUAAUCUGGAAUCCUUGUACAAGCUAUGUGAGAAGAAAGCACAGGUACUGACUGAAAAUAGAAGACCUUUAUUUGCCAUUGUUGCUAAUGAUUAGUUCCCUGAAGUCAUAUUUUGUUUUUGCUUUAAUAAGCUGUGAAGUCUGUUUGGGCAAACAUUGGCAGUACAUCAGGUUAUCCUGAAGGUCUGUGACCAUAAAUCUGGUUCUUUCAAAGGAUAUCAUCUUUAGAACAUGUCCAGUUAUUACUUUACUGCCCUACUAGAUCUGCUCCAGUCAACCAUAAAGUGUGGCAUAGAGAGAGGUUUACAUCAAUGGUGAUGCAAAAAUUAAGUUAUUUGUGGGGUGUGUCCUCCAACUUUUGAGACAAUUCUAUUAGUAUAUACUAAUGUGACUGCAUACACAUCCCAACCUACAUUUACAAAAGUAAAGGCUUUAACCCCUUAAGGACCAAACUUCUGGAAUAAAAGGGAAUCAUGACAUGUCACACGUCAUGUGUCCUUAAGGGGUUAAACUGUUGAGAUUUGGUCAAUAAGUAGGUGCCAAAGUAAGCCAAGUAGGUUGGCAAGAUGUAGUUUACAGAGUUGGUUUUCCAAUUUUUAGGCAAACUUUUAAAAUGAAUAAUUCCUUCCAUUGGUUACUCAAACCAUAAAUGCAGGACCGAUCCGAAGGUCUGAAGCCUGGGUGCAAGAUUUUUUUUGGGUGCCCAAUGUGGGAGUGGUUAUAUGUCUUACCCCUCUCCUUUUCUAACAUACUUCUAACCACACCUAUUUGGGCCCCCCAACUUUACCAGGUAACAUGUCACCAACUCCCUGCAGUGCCAGCUUUGCCCCCCAAAAGCUUAUUGGUGCCAUCUUUGUGCCCAGCUACACAGUGCCAUCUGUCCCAUACAAUUUUUAAGUUUAGGUUUAUAAGGAAUAUUACCAAUGCCCUUAAUUUCUUGUUUGUGGAUUGUGCCUGCUUUUUAAGAGCAUGCUUAUUUGUUUUUGUUAUUACGGUGUUUGAUUUAUGUUAGGGAUUUCCACAGGCUUUCAUUAAUUUAACAGUGCAAUUAUAAUAGGACUAUAGAGAUAAGGGAAACCUGCCUAAACCCGUAUAGCACAGUUGGCUGAUCAUGUGUGGUUUUACUUUCAAUGUCUGUUAGAUUGCAGUGGACAUAAGAUCUGCCAAGCGUGAAUUGAAAAAAGCGCGUACAGUGUUACAGAUGGAUGAGCUGAAAUGCCGCAAGCGAGUCCUGCGAAGAAUGGGCUUUGCCACCUCUGCUGACGUCAUUGAAAUGAAAGGGCGGGUGGCUUGUGAAAUCAGCAGGUAGGUAGCCCAAACUGUAAUUUAUGUGUAUUACUCCAGUAAACAUUUGUUCAGAUUAAGAUAUUUAUAAAAUACUGCAUGAAUGUUAUUUAUGAAGCGCCAACAAAUUCCGAUGCACGGUACAAUGGGUGGACUAACUGACAAGUAUUUGUAACGAGGUGAGUUGGACACACAGUAACAGAGGAUGCUGAGGGCCCUGCAUUCUAGAGAGAGUUUGCAUUCAUAUAUAGGCCAAACCUUUCUGUAGUGCCUUACAUUUAACAUUGGGACUGUUUUGCAAGAGAUUGAUUACACACAUCUAAGUUAAUAUCCACUAAUAUCUUUAACAUUAACUCCACAAAUAAAUUGAUGCUAGGUAUGUUCUCGAUAUGGCUUUCAUUUAUCUCUCAUUAUUUAUGUGCCAAUGAUAACAUUGCUCACUGCUACAUGACUCUUGCUUGUAAUUUCCGAAAUCUUAAUCCCUGGGGUGAUGCAAAGUUUUGAAGGUAGUUUGCAUAUGUUUUGUAGUCCUUCAGAGCGUAGGGCAUAGUUAUCAAGUUACAUACUGAAAAGUAAAGACUGUGCGAGUUGGUGAUUUAUUUUUUUCUGGUGAGUCAGACUUUAGGAAAUAGGGAUUCUGUGCUCAGGAGCUGGCACACCUUCAUUAUGAAUAAUGGUAAAAAGCAAGUUGUUACAUUACCCGUUACAAGUCAAAUUUAUCCAGUAUUGCUUUACUAUUUUUACCUACAUUUUCGCGAUUUUGUGUUCAGUUUUCUAAAAUAUCUUACAUAGUUACAUAGCUGAAAAGAGACUUGCGUCCAUCAAGUUCAGCCUACCUCACAUUUGUUUUUUGCUGUUGAUCCAAAAGAAGGCAAAAAAAACCCAGUUGAAGCACAAUUUUGCAACAAGCUAGGAAAAAAAUUCCUUCUCGACCCCAGAAUGGCAGUCAGAUUUAUCCUUGGACUUCAAAUGCUCGAUAAAACCAUUUUUGUUUGAAUUAUAGCACUGAUUGUGUUCCUUGUGAAAAUAAAUGUCAGAGUGUGGACAUUCUGAGAUGAAGUCUAAUCCAUGUCAAUUCUUGUAACACGAUUUUACUUGGUGUACAUCAUUGUUGAUCAUAAAAUUCCCUGUUCGUUUAUUUAAUAAUGUUUGUAUUUUGCAGUGCGGACGAGCUCUUACUCACCGAAAUGAUGUUUAAUGGUCUUUUUAAUGACCUGACAUCAGAACAAGCAACCGCUCUUCUCAGCUGCUUUGUGUUUCAAGAAAAUGUAAGUCAUUUCUUUUGAAGUCUUGCAUUACACGUCAUUAACUGAGACCACAUUUCCACCUUAUGGUGUUUGGGUUUUAUUGUUUUUGGUUUUUUUUGUGGGGGGGGGUGUUUUUUCAAUGUUUAGAUUUGUAUUGACGGUUUCUGUGAAAAUUGCAUCAAGUACAGAAAGGAAAACAACAAAGUAAAGUAAGAUGACCAUAACAUCACUAUAGUUACAUCAGCAUCACAGCACACAGGCAACACUCAACAUUUUGUUUGGGUUUAUUGUAAGUGAAAAUUGACCCACUGUUUUUCAAGGCAUCAAACAAACCGUGCAGAAAUCAAUCAAAUCUACUUACUGUCUGUAUCUGUAGGCAGACUCCCCCAUGGUUUGUGUAGUCUAUUUUAUCCGCUAAACCUGUGUCCACCAGCGUAUUCUAGAAUAAGAGAGUACCCCCAUCUCCAGUUUUACACAUAACACAAGAUAAUCAGUAUAUUGCCAUCAUUUUAUGACAGUCCAGCAAUGUGCCAGGCUGCUGAUUGUGUAUUUGUGGGCCAUCUAGCUUACUCUACUUCUUACUAGUACAAGCACCACACACCCAACUUUGGUGAAAUGCGCACCACAAAGGAGGAAGUAAAAUUUCUCUUAUGAUUUGUGAGAGCAAAGUGUGCUUGCUUAUUGUUGCAGUGGUUAAACGCCACAGCCUUGAUCUCUAGUUUACUAUGACGUAUAGCUUGCUUAAUGCUUGAUCAGCGUCUGGCUGCUGGUUCAAAUAAUGUAAACCUGUUUAUGAAGUAAGGCACUUGCAUUCAUGGGUAAUUGGUUUUGUGUUUUAAGUGAAUCUGUCAUCCAAAAACCGUAUGAAGAGUGUAUAUACCUACAUGAAGUUGAAUUUAUCAGUCUACAUAUUAUGCAGCAUCUCACAAUUUCUUACAUGUAUGUGCAUCAUGGACUAGUAGAUUGCUGUGUAGUUGCAUGGAGGCAAUGGCUAUGUGUACAGAUACUCGGAACAACCAUUUCUGUCCACUAAGGUGUGUGUGUGUGUAUAUAUAUAUGUAUAUGUGUGUGUGUGUGUAUAGUAAGAGGCUUGCACUCACGGUUUUUAAAGUAGUAAAAAUUCUCCUUUAUUGCAUUUUCUAAUCUGAUCGACGUUUCAGCCCUCCAUCUGUGGCUUUCCUCAGAAACAAUACAUCCUGAGGAAAGCCUCAGGAUCAUGAGGAAAGCCACAGAUGGAGGGCUGAAAUGUCGAUCAGAUUUUAAAGAAAAUGUAAUAAAGGAGAAUUUUUACUACUUUAAAAACCGUGAGUGCAAGCCUCUUACUAUUCAUACUGUAUGCUUUAGCAUUUGGCUUUAUGCACCCAGUGAUAUAAAUAUUAAAGUUUGAGUGCAAAGACCAUUGAAGUUUUAUAUAUAUAUAUAUAUAUAUAUAUAUAUAUAUUUCAAUUCACAGCUAUUUUAUUGAUGAUAGAGAUAUAUAGAUCUAUAUCUAUAUCUAUCUCAUCAAUAAAAUAGCUGUGAAUUCUAUUAAUGUCUAGAUUAAAUUGUGCCUUGAUAAACUCACACAGUCAUGCUGUUUGUUAAAGGGACAGUUGCUAUACAUUUGGAAGAAAAUUAUUUAUUUCUCCGCAGUUUUACAUUCAAUUCUUAUGAGUUUUUGCUUUAUUUAAAGGCUAAACCAAUAUAAAUUAUAUAGGAAGUCACCCCAUUAAGACAAAACCUUCUUGAACAAAAAAAUACAGUUCUGAACCCGGUGAACAACUAGAUUAUAAAUAUAUUCGUAAAUUAAAUGAAUUUUUCAUGUUAUAUUUGUCAUGGUCUGCAGAGAUUUAUUUGUACCUAUAUUCAUUCAUCAUAUAUAUAUAUUUGUCUUCAUUCAUGUAAAUAACCAUAUAAAUAAUUAGAUUUUGUCAGUAUUAGUACAGUGUCAACAUAUUCUGCAACACUUUACAGUUAAUCUGGUUGCUUUUUUAAAGUGGCACUGUCAUGCCGAAUUUACCUUUCCCCAAUCUCUUCCUCUUCUCCUCCUCUCUCAGGAUCUGUUAUUCUUUUCUUCCUGUCUUCUUUAGUUUUCUUUAAAAUCAUAAGACAAAGUAGGGACUCUUUGCCUUAUGGAGGUUUCCUCCACUUGACCAGCUCUGACCAGCGGAGGAGCAAAGUGUGCUUAAUUUACGCUGGUCAGAGCAAUUUUCCCAUAAUUCUUACCUUUCCUCUGUGAUCUCGCGAUGCUUCCUGUCAUUUUAGACGAAACUGACGAAUUGUGUUCUAACUGAAUGAGAACAGUAUGUUCGUUUGUUUUAGAACGCAAUUCAGCACUUUGUUCGGAUCGCAAUUUCAUUUUAAUGAAUGAAACUCCGAUCUUAUUCGUGCUGUGGCUGCAUCUUGCAGCCACUUGGUAGACAACUCCCUAAUUCCCACGGUAUCAGGGAGCUAUCUACUAAAAGGCUGAAAUACCUAAAUUGGUCUUCCAGCCACAUUUACUAAUACUAAGUAAAAAUUACUUCGUAUUAGUAAAUGCUGCCCCUACUUGCUAUACCGCAAGUAGGGGUAUGUCUAGUAAACAGUGAGCCUGUGGCUGCUCACUCUAAAAAAAAAUUAAAUAAAUAAAAACCUAUUGGCCCCCACCCCUAAACGACGGAUGGGGGCCCUAAAGUAAAAUAAGGGGGGAGAUCUAUUGGCCCCGGCCCCCACCCGUGCGGUGGGUGGGGGCCAUAAUGAUAAUGGGGGGGGGGGACCUACUGUCCUCCCCCCCACCCCUGGGCGGCUGGUGGGGGCCAUAAUGAUAAUGAGGGGGGACUACCUACUCUCCCACCCCUGGGCGGCGGGGGGAGGGACCUACUGUCCUCCCCCACCCCUGGGCGGCGGGUGGGGGCCAUAGUGAUCCUGAGGGGGGGGGUCUACUGUCCUUCCCACCCCUGGGCGGCGGGUGGGGGCCAUAGUGAUAAUGAGGGGGGGGGGAGACCUACUGUCCUUCCCACCCCAGGGCGGCGGGUGGGGGCCACUUAUAAAGCCUUGGGGACCCACUUAUAAAGCCUUGCCCCACCCUGCAAUUAGGCUAAGAACACUCUGAUUGGUGGGUUUAAGCCAAUCACAGUGCUCUGUCAUUUUACACAGUGUGGGAAAAUUCCAAAGAACUUUCCCAUGCUGUGUAAAAUGACACAGAGCACUGUGACUGGAUAGAUUUCAAGCCAUCCAAUUACAGUGCUCUGUGUCAUUUUACACAGCGUGGGAAAAUUCCAAAGAACUUUCACACGCUGUGUCAUUUUACGGUAUAGCGAGUAAGGGCAUUGGGGAGAUUUUAAUCUCCCUUAUGCUAUUAUGGGGGUCAUAUUGACCCCCAUAGAGUGAGGGGGGAUCUAGGGGGCUUAUGAGGUGGUGGGGCGCACUGCUCCCUGCUGCUUCUAUCUUUACAUAUUACAAGGAGGGAGCUGUGCGCCGGUAUCUCCCUCCUUGUAAUAAACAGAAGGAACAAACAAACACUGAUACAAUGUGUUAGUUUGUUCAUCUGACAUUUCUAUUCAUUCAUUCGGCUUUCUGAUGAAUGAAUAGAUGAAAUUCCCGUUCGCAUGUCCAGGUGUUUCACUGGGCAUGUGCUGGAAUUUCAGUCUAUCUAGUGUGGGCAGAUGACGUGUCCCACAGGGACUUCGUCUACCCACACAAAGAUGGCGGCGCCCUGAAUCAAGAUCGGGGCAGAAAAUAAAGAUUAAAAAAUAGGUAAUAUGGGGGGCUUAGGGGCAUUUGGGGGUAACUAGGGGGUCAGUUAGAUGUAGUGGAGGCGGUAGGGGGUUAAAAAACAAAACAAAAAAAAACAGGAUUCGUCCUGACAGUGCCGCUUUAAGCAAAGUGGAAAAAUAAUGCUUGACAUGCUGGAUACAAAUACGUUGUAUUUUUAAGGCGAUAUAUCCGGAUUGGGGAAGUCCAAACUAUACACGUUCCUGUAUCACUGUUUGGGGCACUAUUUUUUAUUUUUCAUUUUUAUAAUACAAGUCUGAUGGAACAAGCAGGUAUCCCCUUAACCACUUGAGGGCUGACUUGUGUUAGAGGACUUGAAUGCUUUCAUAAUGCACUGGAGCUAUUUUGAUUCUAAAAAGGUAUACGUUUUUUCAGGCAAUACUUCCUUUUAAUACAGAUUAUAGGGAUGCUGCUUGAAGCAUUAUUUUGUGUAUCUGCAAACUGCAGUAUUUUGUCUUGGUGCAUACAGAAAAUAUCUCUGUAAAUGGCGAUAAUAAUAAUAUCUCUAGCUUCACCUCCUGCAAAAAUGAUUCCUUCAUUUAUAAAGGAUAUGUUGCCCACUUGUUUGUCCGUUACAGCUAUGUAAAAAGUCAAAUUGGGGGGCUAAAUAUGUUUGUACAUGUGAGAGGGCAUGUAAUUCUGGGAAACAGUCAAUAAACUUUUGCUUUUUAACAAAUUAUUUUGUAAUGAAAUGCAUUAUGCAAGAUCCAUUCUAGUAGCCAUUUGAACUCUGCGAGAAGUGGCUGAGUGUGCACAAGGCAAACAUUUUGUCUUUCAUACUGUGCCGUGUGCUGUCCAUAUGUCGCAGAUGGGAGUCUGGGGGCAUUUUCUCAUUAAGUGGUUUGUUUUUACAGCUGGGUCUCUCAGAGGAAGUUGGUGGGAUUUCCCAGUGUGCGCUCCUAGAAUGACACAUCUUUUCUAAGAUUGGAUUUUUUUUUUUAUUGCUCCCACUUAUCUCUUUAGAAUUUUUCCCCCCAGUUAUUUAUUUAAUGGGUCAUGUUAGGGUGAUCCUUUGCGGUCAGAUCAACUUCAGUGAAUAACAGUUAAUUCCUUUUAAGUGUUAUUUAUCUUGAGAAUUGUCUGGUCUGCGCUGGCCUACGGGGGGGGGGGUGCCAAUCCGUAGAUAAAAAAAUAUUUAUUUGUGACUUUGCAACACUAUUUAAAGCUGUUUUUGUAGGAUUACCUGUUUAAAGUGAGCCUGCCCAUACAAAACACUUUUGUAAGCCGUGUCAGUAAUAUCAAAUUAUUCCGUUUUUUUCUUUUCUUUUCCUUUUUUUAUGGCUGGGAUAAUGCUCUAAUAAAACAAGUGUACUAUGUCAUGUCCAUACAAAGAAAUUUAGCAUGGUGUCAUGACUGCCAGGAUGCUUCCUCCGCCACAGUCAUGGUUCAGAGCAUACAACCCAUUAUCGUGAAAUCUGAGAUGCCUAAUUUGAUUUGUUCUUACCACUGCUUUCAAGGUAACCUAAUGCUCCAUGUUUUCUUUCAUUUUUUUUUUUUUUUAGUCAAGUGAAAUGCCCAAACUUACAGAACAGCUGGCUGGACCUCUCCGGCAAAUGCAGGUAAAAUGGAGUCAUCAUCUGUCUCUGUGUCCGUUUUGACUUGCUAAUUUCAUUUUCCAGUCUAAUAACUGAAACACUUAAUAUUAAACCUAUUAGAAUUAUUGGUGUGCCCAGCACAUGACUCUGUACUCAGAUGAUUAAAACAUUGCCAUGCAUGUCACUGUGAAAUAAAUAUUGACAGUAGCAAUAUUAAAACGUACAAUGUUACCAUGAGUUGUUCCUCUGGUGUUUACUCUAUUGUAUAUUCGUGUGCUCUGUACACAGAUGUCUAUUCAAGGCCAUCCUUGGUCAAAUUGCAGAAUUUUGCUUAAUUGCCAGAAAAGAGUCAAAAAAAAGGUUUAUCAGAAUGGGGGGGGAGAAUCAAUCUCUCUUGAAUUCUUGCAAUCUUCAUAGAUAAAUACAGCCCAUGCUGUUUACAAAGUGCAUUCCAAAACCAUGUAAUAGUAAAGGAACACUCCCACGCCUAUAUUAACUUAAGCUCACUUACAUUGUUAUGGGCGCAGGAGUGUCUGCCUUCUAAUGUGAUGGCCUAAACAGUUUGUUUUAACACCAAAGUUGGGGCUUUGAUGCCCAGCAUUUCUAUCUCCAGGUUUCUGCUCCUUUCUGCACUGCAGUCCUUGAAGGGUUAGCUGGAUAGCCAGUGAUAGGCUGAGAGAAUGAGCAGUAUAUACGGUUUCUCUUAAUGGGAGGCCAGUUGCAAAAUGUUUUUUAAAACUAUUUUUUUUAUUCUUAUUAAAGAGACACUGUAGUCACCAAAACAGUUUUGGUGUAUAGGUCAAGCCCCUGCAGUCCCACUGCUCAAUUCUCUGCCAUUUAGGAGAUAAAUUACUUUGUUCGUGCAGCCAUAAUCACACCUCCCUGCAUGUAACAUACACAGCCUUUCUAAACACUUCCUGUUAAGUCCUCUAACGUUUACACUUCCUUUUUUGCAAAUUCUUAUUUUAGAAUUUCUGAUCUCCUGCUCUGUUAAUUGCUUGUUAGACCCAGCAAGUCACCUGUAUGUAAUUAAACUUCAACUUACAGAGCAGGCGUUAACAACUUUUAAAGUAAGCUACAUCUGAUUUAAAAUGGAACCAUUGUGUUUUCAUGCAGACUGUGUCAGCCACAGCCAAGGAAGGUGUGGCUAGGGCUGCAUAAAUGGAGAUUUAACUCCUAAAUGACAGUGGAUUGAGCUGUGAGAUUGCAGGGGCAUGAUCUAUACAUUAAAAUAACUUUAGCUUAAUAGAGCAGUUUUAAAGACUAGUGUCCUUUUAAGGUUGCUUAAAAUAUUUUAAAUGAACAGUUUUCUGUUCUAAUGUUUGCCAUAAGUUGUGAGAUGCACUGUCAACCAUUUGUAAUAGUUUAUACAACUGUGCCUCUUCUUCAACUGCUAAUUCACUUAUUAAACAGGAAACGGCCCGUCGGAUUGCAAAGGUUUCAUCAGAAGCUAAACUAGAAAUAGAUGAGGAGACGUACUUGGGCUCAUUUCGACCAAACCUCAUGGAUGUUGUCUACACUUGGGCAAAUGGAUCAACUUUUGCUCAGAUAUGCAAAAUGACCGAUGUUUUUGAAGGUAACAGCUGUUCUCCAUGUCUCGCUCUUCCACUGAGAUGCACUUGACCAUGUUAAAUGUUCUGCACAGUUGCUCAUGCCAUUACAGAACUGCCACCAUAUUUACCAGUUGGCACCAGAUAAUGUAGAAUGGCUGUACAUUUUGAUUGUGUUCAAAAAACUCCCCAUCCCCAUUGUUUAGCGGUUUUGCUUCUUAUUCUGUUACACAAGGUAUGUUUUUUGAGAGUUGUCCUAGAUUACAAGUAGUUUCCAAGUGGCAUCUGACCUGAACAAUCAGUGCUUUGCAAUGCUCCAUAUAUACAGUUUUUCACAGAGGUAUUGAUUCCAUUCUGUGUUAUUAAUGAUGCUUUACUUUUGGCAUCAGUCCUGUAGAUUGCCAUCCUGUCCCUGCAAGUGUGGAGGCAGAGGUGCCCAGCUCUAGGGAACCAGCUUUAUGGCUUAAUAGUUGAAAAACUGUUACCUCUAAAGGAAAGAUUGCACUCCGACGCUAGUGCCCCCAUAACAACCAAAGCUGCUGUUAGGGGUGGGAGUGUUCCUUUUCCUUGUCUCAAUAUAUUUUGGAAUACAUUUUUUACUAUUUUAGUGUUUGAGUAAUGUCUUAUUACACUUUUUCCCAUCCAAAAAUCUUUAUUUUUCUAUCACCUAUUUUACCUUGUUCGUAAUUUGAGUCAUAUGAAACUCAGCUUGUGGCCACUGAUGUCUAAUAUUAUAUAAAUAAUAUUUUUUAGUGUGUUUGUGUGUACUAUAACCACUAUAGCUCAUGGUAAUGGUUAUUAUCCAGGGAUUGUUCACUAAAGUGAGAGUCCAGAGUGAAUUUUUCGAAUUCAAGGUAAAGGUAGUCGACCUGGAAACCAUUCUGUAAGUUCGCUUUGCUUCCAGUUUGGCUACAUUGGUCUUUAAUUUGAAAUUCACUUUAAAGGGACACUGUAGGCGUGAUUAACCAUUUCAUCCAAUUGAAUUAGUUAUAGUGCCUGCAGUCCCCUGGAACUGUCACUCCAUUCUCUGUUAUUCACUAAAGUGAGAAUUCGAGGUGAAUUUGAAAUUUAAGGUCAAAAUAGCUGAGAAAAAUUUAAAUAAUCCUUAAAGGGACAUUGUAGGCCCCCAGACCACUACAGCUAAUUGAAGUGGUCUGGGUGCUGUGACCCUAUUGCACUUAGUGCUGCAAUGUUAAACAUUGCAGUUCCAGAGAAACUGCAAUGUUUACAUUGCAGCUCUAAGUCUGACAGCCACUGGGGGUGAUUCCUGAAUCAAAACUGACUUUGGGUCUGUUAUCUGACGCUGGACGUCCUCACGCUCGGAAUGAGAAACUGCAGUGUCUGAUUUUAUUUUAUUUUAUUGCCAAUAAUGCAUCUAUGGGGAGGUCUAAUUCGCCACUCAUACGCAUUAGACCUUUGCUUUAAAACACUGCCAGAUGUAUAGCCCCCAUCUCUGGCAGCUCCAUUGGGGUGUCAUCAGUCAGCCUGGAACUAGUUACAGGUUGGCUAAUGUAAAUUCUGUACAAAUUUCGAUGCAUGGAUUUUAAUUCAUUGGCUGAGAGCGUUUAGCUGAUGCUCUGCCAAUCAAUGAGUUGCAGGAUCAUCACUGCACUGCAGGGGUUGGAUAUCAUAAAUCCUGUUACCGACCAGACCCAACUCCUGUCAGAACCAUGUAAAAGAGCAAACAGUUUGCACUAUUAUUACCUGGAACAGCGCCAGGGUACUCCUACCAUCAUAACCACUACAGCAGUUUUAUACGCCUUUAAGAACGGUUUAAUGCUGAAUGGAAAGAUGCAGGCCCGGACUGGCCAUCGGGCACACCGGGCAAAUGCCCGGUGGGCCGCGGUGUCCGUGGGGCCGAGGCCGGCAGGGGAGAUCCCAGGAUCUCCCCUGCCGGUCUAUGCAGGGCCGGCACUAUCCGAGCGCCGGCCCCGCUGUUUUCCAUGGAGGGCCGGUGGGGAGAUCAAAGAUCUCCCUCACCGGCCCACAUGCUCUCAAACGUGGCCACCGGCGGGGAGAGAGGGAGGGAGACAGCCGCCAGGAAAGAGGACCCGGCGGAGCUCUAACUUGCAGCUCCGCCGGGUUUCUCUCGCGAGAUCCGGACCGUUGCUAUGGCAACCGGCCGGGUCUCGCGAGAGUGAACUCUAGCCCCAAAGGGCUAGAGUUCACUUACCACGAGGACCACCAGGGAUGGCUGGCAGGAGCACGACCCACCCCCCCCCUUCCAGACUACAGGUAAGAAUAGAGGGGGGGUUAAUAUAAUGUAUUUAUUAUUAUUAUUAUUAUUAUUAUUAUGUAUUUAUUAUUAUUAUUAUUUAUUAUUGUUAUUUAUUAUGUAUUUAUUAUUAUUAUUAUUUAUUAUUAUGUAUUUAUUAUUUAUUAUGAUGUAUUUAUUAUUAUUAUUAAUUAUUAUUAUGUAUUUAUUAUUUAUUAUGUAUUUUUAUUAUUAUGUAUUUAUUAUUAUUAUUUAUUAUUAUGUAUUUAUUAUUAUUAUUAUGUAUUUAUUAUUUAUUAUGUAUUUAUUAUUAUUAUUUAUUAUUAUGUAUUUAUUAUUAUGUAUUUAUUAUUUAUUAUGUAUUUAUUAUUAUUAUUAUAUUUUUUUAGUAAAACAUUAAUAGUGCCAUUUACCUGCCUCCCCAAUACAAAAUCCUUGCAAACACACACAUCACCCUCACCCAGCACCCUAACAUUGACACAGCACCCCAACACACACACACAGCACCCUAACACCAGCACCCUAACAUUGACACAGCACCCCAACACACACACAGCACCCUAACACUCACAGCACCCUAACACCAGCACCCUAACAUUGACACAGCACCCUAACAUUGACACAGCACCCUAACACACACACAGCACCAUAGCACUCACACAGCACCCUAACACCAGCACCCUAACACCAGCACCCUAAUAUUGACACAGCACCCCAACACACACACAGCACCCUAACACCAGCACCCUAACAUUGACACAGCACCCCAACACACACACAGCACCCUAACAUUGACACAGCACCCUAACACCAGCACCCUAACAUUGACACAGCACCCUAACACCAGCACCCUAACACACACACAGCACCCUAACAUUGACACAGCACCAUAACACACACACAGCACCGUAGCACUCACACAGCAUCCUAACACCAGCACCCCAACACACACACAGCACCCUAACACCAGCACCCUAACAUUGACACAGCACCCUAACACACACACAGCACCGUAGCACUCACACAGCACCCUAACACUCACACAGCACCCUAACACCAGCACCCUAGCACUCACACAGCACCCUAACAUUGACACAUCACCCUAACACACACACAGCACCCUAACACACACACAGCACCCUAACACAUACAGCAACCUAGCACACACACACACAUCACCCCAACACACACACAGCAACCCAACACAUACACAGCAACUCAACACACACACAGCACCCCAACACACAUCACCCUCAAAUACACAGAACCCUCGCUCAGUGCCCUAACACACAGCGCCCUCACACACCGCACCCUCACACACACAUACUGCACCCCCCCACACACACCACCCUCCCACACACACACUAUACUCCUCACAAAUGCACACUACACCCCUCACACACACAGCACCCCCCAAACACACUGCACCACUCACACACUCACUAAAUCUCAUAUACGCACUCCUGAGUCCUUCAAACACACACUAGAUCCCCUACACACAGUCGCUGUACCACUUACACACACACUACAUUUCUGACAUACACACUCAGGAUCCCCUAUGAACACACUAGAUACCCUUUAAGCAAAGUGAGUAUUAAAAUACAGUGAGUAUUCCAUUUUAGCAAACCCCUGAGACAAGUUUCAAGCAAACACAAUGCAAGCAUGUUAUUAAAUUUGCUUGCGCUGUGCAGAUCAAAUACAGGGCCCUUUUCUCAUGCCCUGGAAGAGCAUUGAACCAACAUGCUCACUUUGAGAUGGGGCGUGCUUGUCAUUGGGGAUGACAAAACACACCCUAUCUGGCCCCGCCCCCUUUUCAGUGGGCCGCUGUAAUUAAAAAUGCCCGGGCCGAAUUUUUUCCCCAGUCCGGCCCUGGAAAGAUGGCGCCAUGGGACUUAAGGCAAUGUAACCACUUCAUUGAAACUAACCAGUUGCAGUGCCUACAGUGUUACUUUAAAUUCUCACUUUGGUGAAUAGCCAUGAAGUGUCUUAAAACGAUGAAUAGCCAUGAACUGUUCCACAUUACUCACAACUUGUCCUAGCUGCUCAGAGUUGGACAGCUAAUGUGACUGUUUCUGUAUUGUCAAAGUCUCAUUAGCAAGGCAAUAUUUUUAGGUGCAGUGAGAGCUGUGUGUUUGUUUAUUGGCAGUUUUUAGAAACCAAGGUUAUAGUUGUAAAAGGUUGGUUCUUUGCACCAUGAGAUGUAGUGGCUAUGUGUUUAGAGUGCUUGUUUAAAUACGAUGCGUGUGCACAUGUAGUUAUGGAAAGAGGCUUGUGCAAUUACACAGAAUUAAUGUGCAAGUGUUUUACAAUUGGCUCUGCUGCACAUCUUACCCCAGUGAAAGCUUUAACUCUCCACGUAUGUCGUCACAGCUUAGUCAAUAAAUCACAUGAAGAGGUAUAGAUUGUAGCCCCUGUGCAAGUAUCUCUCUCAGGACAGACUGAAAACAAGAUAAGGCACUUAAUCCAUUCAGGCAUGUAAAUAUGCCCCUUGGCUUCUGAUCAGCAGGAACAACAUCUGUCUUUCUUCUAAUAUGAAUAUAGUUUUGCAUGAAGAAGUUUAUUAUUCCUGAUGACUUUUCCAGUUAGGGUUGAAUCAAAAUACCACUGUGUAGGAAGCUCUGAAGUGAAGCACUCCGAUUUCAGUUACAACUCAUGGAUUUGUUUUCUCCACUUAAGAAAAAACUUUUCUCCUAAUAUUUUUAAUGUCCUCCAACUUCUAUAUUAAAGGGACUCUUUAGUCACCCAAACUAAUUAAGUUUUUGUGUAUAGAUCAUGCCCCUACAGUCUCACUGCUCAAUUCUCUGCCAUUUAGAAGUUUAAUCACUUUGUUUAUGCAGCCCUAGCCACACCUCCCUGCAUGUGACUUACACAGCCUUCCUAAACACUUCCUGUAAAGAAUCACCUAAUGUAUACAACUUUACACUUCCUUUAUUUCAAAUUAUGUUUUAUUUAGAAUGUAUUAUCCCCUGCUCUGUUAAUAGCUCACUAGACCUUGCAGUAGCCUCCUGUAUAUAAGUUCAGGAAAUAAAAACUUUUAAAUUAAGCUGUAAUAUAAGUUACACAAUAAGCCUAGUUUUUUUUUUUUUGUUUGUUUGUUUUUUUUUACUGGACCAAAUGGCAAUUGUGAUUUACCACCUUACCUUCAUUUGGAAUUUUGUUUGGGGGUCAGGAUGAAUAGAUCCUUCAAAGUUUAGCUUGAGACUUGGGCAUCGAUUUACCGGAUCCACAAUACUUCUUAAUAUAAGUCAGCAUGUGCAAAUGUUGCUGUGGAGUAUAAUGACAUUAUAUGCUGCAUGAUAUUGCACGGAUUAUUCCCUUUAUUUUCUACCUUAGAGGAACACUCUAAGCACCAUAACCACUAGGAUCAGCAGUAGUGUUUAUGGAGUCAGGUGUGCUUUGGCACCCACUCAGGAUAAGUAUCCAAUAUAAAAACUUACAUGGGGCCCACUGGACUCCAGUCACUUUUUCCUGUGCAGCUGGAAGCUCUGUGUGAUGAGCUAACCCAGCGGUGCAGGGCUUAGCUCAUUUGAUGAGCACUGUCCGCCAAAGACUGCGACUGAAGACCCAAGGUAAGUAGUGAAACUGUAACAGUUUGACUACUUAACCUGGAAGUGUGUCCAGGCACUCCUGGAACCAUUUGUACAGCUUAGUGUAGGGUUUAUUGUGUUUUUAAUGUUUAAGAGUUUGAUUUUAACAUACUGCUGGGCAGAACUGUGUAUUCUACCCAUCUAUAAAAGUUAAAAUGUGACCAGGUAACAUGGUGGUUCUGGAAACCUGAUUGGGUAUAAUUUCCUCCUAUAGAAAGUUGAAUUCCAUGUGUAGGAAAAAAACGCACUGGCAAGCUUAGCACUACUGGCACAACAUGUGCUGUUUGCAGUGAAUUUAAAUGGAUUCAUAUGAGGAAGCCUUCUAUCAAUUGUAAAAUACAAUGUCUCCUGUGGUAUUAUUUGGGUGUCUGGAUAAUGUGGUGGGUGAUUGGGGUCUAGUUUGUGGUUUUCUUCUAAACGUCAACUUUAGAGGUCACCAUUGUAGCUGGAGAGAAAUCAUUGCUUUUAGUUUGAAUUGGCAAAAAUAUAUAUCUAAAGGUUUUUUUUUCUUUUCUUUUUUUUUUUCCUCUUAUGAAAUUGGGCCAAAGUGCAGCGUGGCUGUGCUCUGAAAUCUGUUUUCCAUUUAUUUGUUUUGGGUUUAUUUUCUUCUUGAUAAUUAAAUCCACAUGUGUAUUGUAGAAUAACAGCACUUUUACUUUUCUCCCCCACCCAUUAAUACAUUUUGAGUUUAAGUGGAACAUCAUAAAAACAUUUAUCAAUCACCAACGCAUUCCACAAUGUUAAGGUAGAUCUUGCCAUUUCAAAUUUUUCACAUGUACUAUAAUAAUCCUCAAACACCUUUUUAGUCCUAAUAAGGGACAAAUAAUUCUAUGUAUUCAACCCUGUUCUUAUUUGUUUGCGUUGGUCUUUAUCUAGAAAUGUCAAUGGUCAUCCUUAGUCUAAAGCAGGGGUGCCCAAAAGGUAGACCCCCAGAUGUUUUUAAAACUACAACUCCCAUGAUGCGUUGCAUGCCUUUUAGAUUGCUUUAGCAUGGGAAAGCAUCAUAGAAGCUGUAGUUUUAAUACAUCUGGAGAUCUGCCUUUUGGGCACCCCUGCUCUAUAGUAACUUUUUUGGUAUUUCUGUGUGUCAUUUAAAAUAUGAAUCCCAUAUGGAGAGUGAUUUUUUUAUUUUAUUUUUAUUUUGCCAAAUCCAUAAUUAAUAUGUUUGCUCUUUGUGCAUUUUAAUGCAAUCUUUUUGACCUGUUCAGAUUUCAGUUUGAGACUCUGAUACAAUAGGAGUUUAAGAACACAGCAAAGUUUUGACUAGCUCAAAGCUCGGUUCGUUUUUUUGUUUUUAUCUUGUGUUUUGUUAGCAAUAUGCAGAAAAGCCUAGAAACACAGAUUUAUUUAUUUUUAACCAUUUUAGCACAUUUGUAGUAACAUUAAAGGCACCAUAACCACUACAGUCUGCCUCACUCCCACCUUGUUUGAUUGCUACCUCCUGUCCUAAUGUGUUUUGUACCCCACCUACUAUAGACUGUAAGCUCGUUUGAGCAGGGUCCUCUUCAACCUAUUGUUCCUGUACGUUUUUACAACCUAACCUAUUGUUAAAUAUUUGAUACUAUUGUAAACGCUACAGAAUAUGCUGGCACUACAUAAAUACCAGUGGUAAUAAUAGCUGUACGUGGGCAACACCAGUGAGUGCCCAGUUUGUGUGUCUGCCUGUCUCUCUAAUAUAUGGCACUUUGCUUCACACAGGAAGUAUUAUCCGUUGCAUGAGAAGGUUAGAGGAAUUACUUAGACAGAUGUGUCAGGCAGCCAAAGCCAUUGGAAAUACAGAACUGGAGAACAAAUUUGCAGAGGGUAAGUAGAUGGCGGAUGCAGUGUUUGGAACUCAAUGCUUGUCUACUUUGAUUUAAUGGGAAGAGGGAAGUGUAUGAUUGAAACAGAGCUUUGCAGGACAGAACUGGCUUUCUUUGUUUUAUUAUACCUUAUAUAUAAAGCUUAGGCUCCAUCCAUUUUAAUCUCCGUACAUGGCUGUCUUUGAUCUCAGUCAUAAGUUAUAAUCCUCCAUACAGAAUGCUGCAGUUGGACACCCAAAUUCUGGAUUAGAAUCCCACCUUAAUAUAGGUAAUGUCCUCCCAUAGCAGUUCUCACAUGGUCCAUUAACACGCUUUUAUGACAUCAAUGACUGAUAGCAAUGGGACAUCAAGAAAAGUAUUAUGUGAAAUUAGUAUAAUUAUGAAAUGGUAGAUCUUUGAUGGCUGCCACUGGCAUUGCAGUUCCUUGUGAACGGAUUUCGCAUAGUCUGCUUGUCUUGGCUAUGGGCAUUAUGGGUAAUGUAUCUCCCAAACGCUGCAGUGCAGAGGUUAACGCUAAAGUAGGUCUUGGGACCAAAUUAAACACACAAAAACCAAACAUUUUUGUAGAAAACAGGUGUUCCAGUGGAAAUGAUGAUAAACCAUGGUCUGUUAGGCCUCUCGAAGCUUAGAUCAUUAAAUGACAUGCUGUACAGUGCAAGUCUUUUUCAACAGAUUUGUAUCUGACAGUUUGUCGGAAUAAAAUGCCUUUGAAGCCACAUCCAAACGAAUCGGUCACCCAAGAUGUACUUGCGGAGCUUUAUUCAAUAUUUGAAUCCACUGGUAAAUUCUGGACGAUCCAUUCAUCCAUAUAUGGAUUAAGUCAUAUCAGAAACCAAUUUCUAUACAAGUCUAAUAAUUUCUUCAGUAAUCUAGUUAAUAGGCUUCUACUCCAAGCCUGCUGACAUGUAUAAAAUGCCUGCCACUAAGUAGUUAUUGAAAAUAUUCUCCAUCACCAUGAUCUGCAAUAACAUUUUUAAAAGUAGCAGUGCUGAACUGUGUGCCACCCCCCAAGCUGUUGGAGAAUAAUUCCAAUAAUCUUCUGCCAGCCUACAGAAGAUUGAGGGAGUUUAUAGUAUCACAAACUAUGUAACUGAACUUAAGGAUUUUUAGUAUGUGCAAAAACAGGAGCUGAACAGCGCUGCUUCACGGAAACGAGAAUAUGACCAACUCAAAUAUGCUGACUGUUCAUCUUGUUUUGUAAAUUGUCCUGUUUUGUAUUCUUUGAUGGGAUGCUGGGUUCACUUCUCAGGAAAUAAUCACAAGUUCAAACACUGAAAUUCUAAGAACAAAGCAUGGUGCCUGAUAGUCUACACCAAGCCCCAGCAUGUGGCACUCCGUGGCUGUAACAAGCCCAGCUGGCAUUUUUCAUUAAUGUCUUGUGGCUAGCACAGCACGUGUAUCCUACCUGCUGGCAGGUCAUUAACAUAGUUAACAGUGUGUACAGCAUUUGUAACCCUAUCGUGGCUAGCAAAAAAAAGGGGAGGCUUUCCCCAAACAGACCAAGAGUAAGUGUGUCUUAAAUAGGAGGGGAGGGGGGCAAAAGGUACACCCAAUGCUAUUGUUUUGGUACCGCUUUUAUACUUGUUAGAACAGGAGUAGUUGAAUGAAUAACCAUUUUUUUUACAAUGGAAUAGAUUAGUAGCAAAUAUUGCAUUUUAUCCAUCACUACGUACCCCAACCACACCCUGCCCACCAGGGAUAUUGCCAUGAUUUACUCUGUUUUCGUAUUCCUAUUUUUAAAUACAUUCUGGCAAAUGGCAGUGUUUGUAUAAAUAACAUGUUCUGGUUCUGGGAGUCCAAUUACUUUGUACAGCUUUUAGUGUAGUAAUUAAACCAUUUUUAAAUCCAUGAAAAUAUAAUUGUUGGGUGUAACCCAUAGAACUAACAAGUUCUGUCCUUCUAAAGCUUGUUAUUUUCACAGUGUAAUUACUAGGCUUCAUUUGCACAGCUCCACCUCUCGCUGAAUGCAGUGAAGUAAUGACAUUCUCCUUUCACACCAUCUGAAGCCAGGCUAAACAAACAUUUUGUAGUCCGGGAAGAGUUACUUCCCUUGUUAUAAUAUACUCAGGUGUCAGCAGUAAAUCUGAUCUCAGACGUUUGUCAAGCUGUGAUUUAUAGGAAGCUUAUCACCUGUGUAUGGGCAUCACACCUAUUGCUGUAUGAUAUGGUUCAUUUGUAAAAGUAAACACAAUCAAUCUUGGUUUAACGUAGGUUCAGAACAUGGCAAUUUAAAAGAUAAGACACUAUUCUAACAAAUUUGUAAAUCAUUUUAAUGGGAUGCUUUAAUAGCUCUGUCAUAUCUAGCUAGUUUUUUUUUUUUUCUUCGAUAUAUUAAUUUUUUGAAGUUUCUAUUUUUGCUGCACUUUCACGGCUACAACAGCAAAAACACAUCCCAGGUCUAAUUCCUUCUAGCUGUAGAUUGCCUGAUCUAUAAAGUGACUGUUACUCAUUUACAUCCUGUGAUUAACUAAAACAAUUAUUUAACUUUUGUUUUGUUUUUUCCCUUCUCUCCUUUUCUGCCUUAGGAAUUACAAAAAUAAAAAGGGAUAUUGUGUUUGCAGCCAGUCUUUAUCUCUAGUUUCACAAAUUCAAAAUGGAGACUGACUUUAAAAGAACCCAAUUCUGUUUUGUGAUCAAUCUGAAUCCCACCUCUCCGGCAUCCGGCCGUAUCCGUUCAUCUUCAGCCUGAACUCGUAUUAUAGUAAAACCAACAAAGAACAGAUGUUUGCUAUAAACCAUUUUAAUUUUUCUGUGGUAUAAAUCUGCUUAAGAAGCUACGUUCCAGGAAAGCAAUAUUACACAAAUGUUUGUACAUAACAUGUUACCACACUAUUUUAAUAAAAAAAAUUACAGUUUGAAUACCACAUUUAAUUGUGUGUAAUUGAUAAAUGUCAAACAAUUUAAACUUAUCUUAAAGCUAUGUCAUAUACAUAAAGGGUGUUCUAUAACUAUAUACAGGUAAAGUGGACAUCCAACACAUAUAGCAGCAGUCCGUUAAAUACCUUGGCGCAAGAAGCUGGCACAACGGUGUGCCUAAUGCACUCAAGGAUUUUUAAAGGCUUUAUAGUAGAGCAUUAAAACUCUUGAGUAUUUCUCUUUAAAAGCAGGAUGGUUUAAGUGGUGCGGUGGAUUUUAUGGCUGGAGAAUACUUCCGCAGUGGUUCCCAUUUGUGGAUGUUUCAUGCAGUGUAGUGUGAGAGUCUUCUUCCUUGUCAUUCAAACUUCCCUUUCUGACAUUAAAAAAAUCUGAGACAUAUGCAACCUGCGUGGGAAAAAAGACAGUGUUAGGGAAGAGGUUUGAUUUUUGGAGAUAUGAAAGCAUGAUCUAUAUGGCAACACCUUAUGCUAGACAAUUUUUUAAAAAAAUAACUUUGUCCUGGAGAAAGAAGUAUAUUGGCAAUCAUGAGCUGUUAAUUAUAUUUUUGGUCUUGCCGGUCUGGUGUUUUCCGGUUGCACAUAUCAGUUAUGCGCCUGCUCCGGUUUCGAAGGCUCUUCUACUACCAGUGCGAAGAUACUAAGUAAGCAACUAAUAGCUUAAUCUGGCAGCACUUUAAAGCAUCUGUCAACACCCAAAAAAAUUAACCAUUUCAUAAAGAUAAAAAUUUGACUUUCGAAUUUAGUCAAAAGUUUUCAUAAGACAAUUUUAUUAUGUUCUGUAGCUUCACCCUAGCCAUCGUUGGCGACAGCUGUGGCAAAAAUGCAUUAUAUCACUCAUUUACCAAUUAUCUACAGAGGCUCCUGUGCUGGUACAGGAGACCACAACACAGAGAUAUUAGUAUUGUACUCUUGCACAUGCUGAGUACAGUCCUGACUGCUUCUGUGAAUGAAGUGCCAGAAGCUUAAAAUGGUGAUGCUUACAAGUGACAGCAUCAAGUAAGUAUAACUCUCACCUGCAACACGUUGUUUUUUUCCCCCUGAAAAUUAAUCUUUGAUUUGUUUAACGGCUGGGGGAAUGUGUUUCACUUAGUGUGAAGAAGCUCCAUUAAAAAAUUAUUAGAAGUGUGGUCACUUAUUUUUCUAUUACAAAGACUGAUCUCUAAUGUUAUGAAUUGGUUAAAGAAACACUACACCGUUGGGAAUACAAAUCGGUAUUCCUAAAGCUAUUGUGUUUCUCUUCUUAGCUCUGAAUAGGUACCUCAUUUCCCCCCGCCCUUCCCUAAGCAAAAAAAAAUAAAACUUAGAGACACUGUAUUCACUACUACCACUACAGCUUAAUUCAGAGAAAAGGCUGCCUAGUAACCCCUCCAGGUGCAGUCACUGGGGUGGCCACUAGACGUGCUUCGUGUGCAGUACCUACUUUUUACCCUCCUGCAGCACAGUCUGAUUUUAUGGCUCUUCAUAGAGCAUUGGAGAUCUAAUGUGCAUGUGCUGCGAGUGCAAUCAACAUUCCCCAUAGAAAGUAUAUACUAUGGGGCUUCCGCGUGACCGUUUCACUCUCUGUGCCACUAGUGGAAGUCAGUAUGACAGUCACUAGAGGAGCAGCUAACCAAGCAAUGUGAAUAUUGUAGUUUCUCAAAAACGACUUAUAUUGCUAGGUUAAAGGGACGGGGACUCUGCAUCCAGAUCACUUCAUUGAAAUGGAAGUGGUCUGGGUGACUACAGUGUUCCUUUAAGUUUUAGGAAAAAAAAUGUCCGUAAGAGAUCAUAUUAUAAUGCACAUACUUGUUCUAUAUUGGGUGAAAGCUUUCUGCUCUUUCACAGAUGGCUACACUGAUUAACGAUGUAGUGAUCCUCUGAAGCACUCACUUGUGAUUAUUAAAAGUUAUAUGGAUGCAACAUGGCAGUACUGUGCUCAACUUUAAUGCAAUAAACAUGAUGGCAAGAUAGGAAAGGGAUUCAUCUUGACAGUGUCUCUUUAUGAUUCGAUAGAAUACCUUUAGUAUGUGAACUUACAAUAAGUACAGCUACAAUUGCCCCCUGUAUAAGGCCGGUCAGAACGUCGCUCCAGUGGUGCUUGUAGUCAGAUACUCUGGAAAGGCCAACGUAGAUAGCGACAGCAACAAGAGCAAACUGGAUUGUGGGGCGGAGAAGCCUGGCCCAGUCUCCUCUCAUUCGGGAGUGCAGAUAAAGC